AUGGCCUUUGAGCGCUCUUGCCAAAAGGCAGGCAGACAGGCAGACAGACAGGCAGACAGGCAGGCAGACAGGCAGGCAGACAGGCAGAGGCAAGGUGAGAGGUGUUUGGACAGACGUGAUGAGCUGAGUGGUUGUUUCUGUUGUAUCAGGUUCAUGUAGAUCGAUGACACACACACACACCUUACUUUGUACAGGUACAGAACAGAGUGGUCUCUCAAUCACACAUGCCUCAUCCCUCCUCGUGUGUGUGUGUGUGUGUGUGUGUGUGUGUGUGUGUGUCCAGGUGAGUAGAGCAGAGCUAGCCUGUGUGUGUGUGUCCAGGUGAGUAGAACAGGGCUAGCCUGUGCGUGACGGUGACCGCUUUUAAUUCCAGCUGUAAUGUUCAGCUGCUGCAGCAAAACCUCAACUAGGACUGCUCCUCUCCUACCCUCUCCCUCCUUUUUACACACGCAUUCUCUCUCCGCCUUUACUUCCUCUUUCUCUUCAACUGCUCUGUCCCUCUCCUGUCUUGAUCUCUCUCCCUCUACUCUCUCUUCUGUUCUAUCACACACAUUCUCUCUCCUCCCUCUCUCAGUCUUUAUCCUCUCCGCUCUCUCUCUCUUCCUCUCUCGCUCUCUCCUCUCCUCCUCGCAGCUCUCUCUCUCCUUCCCCCCUCUCUUCAGCUUCUAUCUCUCCCUCUCUCUCCUCGCUCUGCUCUCCUCCCUCUACUCUUCAGCUUUUCUAUCUCUCUCUCUCUCUCCCUCUCUCCUCUCUCUCUUCUCCCUUCUCCCUCUCGCUUCUCUCUCCCUCCUCUCUCCCCUCUGUUUCUCUCUUCUCUUCCCUCUCUUCGCUCUUCUCUCCCUCUCUCUCCCUCUCUCUUCAGCUUCUAUCUCUCCCUCCUCUCUCCCUCUCUCCCUCCUCCUCCCUCUCUCUUCUACUCCUCCCCUCUCUCCCUCUCUCUCCCUCCCUCUUCACUCUUCUCUCUCCUCCUCUCUCCUCCCUCUCUCUUCAGCUUCUAUCUCUCCCUCCUCUCUCUCCUCUCCUCCCUCUCUCCAGCUUCUCUCUCUCCUCCCUCUCUCCUCUCUCCCUCUCUCCUCCCUCUUCCUCCUCUCUCUCUCUCUCCUCCUUCCUCUUCUCCUCCCUCCUCUCUUCUCUCUCCUCUCCUCUCCUCUCUCCUCCUUCUCUCUCUCCUCUUCUCUCCCUCUCCUCUUCCCUCCCUCUCUCUUCCUCUCUCUCCUCUCCUCUCCUUCCUCAUCUCUCCUCCCUUCUCUUCUCCCUCUCUCUCACUUCUCUCUCCCUCCUCUCUCCCUCUGUCCUCCCUCUCUCUUCAGCUUCUAUCUCUCCCUCCUCUCUCCUCCUCUCUCCCUCUCUCCUCAGCUUGUAUCUCUCCCUCCUCUCUCCCUCUCUCCUCCCUCUCUCUUCAGCCUCUAUUCGUUGCGGAGUCACUGUUCUAAACACCUCUCACGUCUCACAUCUUGUGCCCUAAAAUCUUUCUCAACACACCUCUCUUCUCACGUGAACAACGCUGCGUCUUUCCAUGGAACCAGAAACCAAACCAGAAGCUGACUAGACUGUGUAGACCUGGAAACAUGGGACCUGUUCUAAGAGAACCCAUCAUUACCUAACCACUAGCCUGAAUAAAACAUGGAGGCUUAGGCUGCUUCUCAAAUGGCACCCUUAUUCCCUUGCAUCCCUAUGGACCCUGGUCAAAAGUAGUGCACUAUAUAAGGAAUAGGGUGCCAUUUGGGGGACACGCUUUUUCUAAGCAUGUGAUGUGAUAGAGGUAUAGUUGCUGUACUGUAGCCUCUCUGUCUCUCUCUCUCUGUUUGAGUACAGUGCAGUUCACCAGGCAGUCUCAGUAGGUCUAUUUACCUAUCAGGAGUGGACUGUAUGUGGAGCCUGGUCCCAGAUCUGUUUGUGCUGUCCUGAUAACUCUUUUGGUCAUUGUCUCAGCAAAUUGGGAAUAUGGCACAAUCUGAGGUGGGGCCAGGCUGCUGUUGUCACUAGAGUCUCAAAGUGUCUUGCAUUUUGUUAAAUUGACUGAAUUCUCUCUCUCUCUCUCUCUGUCUCUCUGUCUCUCUCUCUCUCUCUCUCUCUGUCUCUCUCUCUCUGUCUCUCUCUCUCUCUCUCUCUGUCUCUCUGUCUCUCUGUCUCUCUGUCUCUCUGUCUCUGUCUCUGUCUCUGUCUCUGUCUCUGUGUCUCUAUGUCUCCCCCCCCCCCCCCCCCCCCCCCCCCAUCCCAGGCCUAUGGUUCAGGCUGUGAUAUAGUCAUCUUGGCCAGUGAUUUUGAGUGUGUUCAGAUCAUCCCUGGGGCUCAAAAUGGCAACAUCCAGGUGGGCUGUGUCGAGUGCUCCCACCAACUGGGCAGGGUAAGUCACACACACACAGAAAACCUGUUAGUUACACUAGUAAGUAAUAAUGUUGUGAUGACAAAUGCAUUUCUGUUCUGUUCUCCUCCUCCCUCCGUCUCCUCCUCCCUCCCCCUCUCCUUUGGGAAUGACUGUGCAGUAUUAACCCUGGUGUGAGUAAUGUUUGUAAAACUACUGAUUAAUGUUGGGAUAUUGAACGUUACUCUGUUUGUGUAGAUCGCAGCAUCCUAUGGGAACACUGUGUGUAUCUUUGAACCAUUCGCUACCAACCCAAACAAACGCCACAAGGUAAGCAGAGAGACACUGACAUGUUAUGCAGAAUAAACUGCUGUGUGUGUGAGAGUUUGUGUGCGUGUGUGUGUGUGUGUGUGAGAGUUUGUGUGUUGCUGCAUUGAGAGUUCCACUGUGUUUUAACUGCUUUAUUACUGUUCUAUUGUGCUAUUUUAUCAACCCUGAAUAUUCUGUUCAUGUUCUGAAUUGUGUGUGGCUGUUAAUGACUGUAUUAACAGUGGCUGGUGCCUGAGCAUGUAGCUUAUUAUAGCUGAAUGCCUGUGCAUGUGUUGACUAACUAUCCUCUCUCUCUCUCACCUCACACUCUCUUCUUCCCAUCUCUCUCUCUCUCUCUCUCUCUCUCUCUCUCUCUCUCUCUCUCUCCUCUCUUCUCUCUCUCAUAUCUAUCUCACCCGUCACAACUCUUCUUCUUACCCACCUCUCUCUCCUAUCCUCAACCUCACACUCGACUCCCCACCACCCUCUCCUCUCUUCUCGUCUUUUCCAUCCUAUGAUUUCCUCCCCUCCUGUGUCUUCCUCCCCCCCACCUCUCUCUCUCUCUCUCUUUCCACUCUAUGUUGUCUCCUCCUGUGUCUUCCCCCCCCCACCUCUCUCUUUUCCCCCUCUCCUUCUGUCUCUGCCGCUCUGUCUAACAGCAGCUUAACUACCAGUGGCAAAAGACAGGACAGUUCUUCCUUAAUGCUAUCACCUAUAACCUGGCCUGGGACCCACAAGGUAACACCUCCUAACUAACAGUCGUGUGUGUGUGUGUCUCUGUGUGGACAGUAAGUAUCUGUUUAUAACUGUGACAUAUCUUCAAAUCAAAUUACAACAGGAGUAGACCUUACCGUGAAAUGCUUACUUACAAUCCCUUAACCAACAAUGCAGUUUUAAGAAAAAUAAGAGUUAAGAAAAUAUUUACUAAAUAAACUAAAGUAAAAAAUAAAAUAAAAAGUAACACAUAUAAUAAUGAGGCUAUAUACAGGGGGUACCAGUACCAAGUCAAUGUGCGGGGAUACAGGAAACCAUGUAGCCAUUUGAACAAUGUGUGUGUCCUGUAGGGAACCGUAUUGUGGCGGCUACAGAGCGCCUGCAGCUGUGGGCCCCUCCGUCAGCAGACACACUGAUAGAGGAGGAGGAGGGACCGAUGACAGAUGACAAACCUCACCCUGUCCUCAACGACUGGAAGUGUGUCUGGCAGUGCAAGUGAGUGACAGGAGCACCGUGUGUGUGUGUGUGUGUGUGUGUGUGUGUGUAGUGCUUUUAAAGUGUUAAGUAGACAUAUCAGGCCUGUAGAUCGUUAGUGCUCUUUAAAGGUAGUCUCAGCAAUAUGAUGUAGAUGCAGAAAGUAAACAGCAUAGUGGGUAAAUGCAGAAAUCACUCCGCCAUUUCCUGGUCACAAAAAUUCUAAUAAUUCGCCUAAUUUCAGUUUAUGUGACAAAACAAGCAAGUAUAGUGUAGAGAAUCAUUGUAACAUCUAAACCGCUGUGAAAUAUAUUUUCCAGAACCAAAUAUAUUGUAUUUUCAGCUGUUUGAAGCUGUUGUACAAAACCGAAAGUAAAAGACUCAAAAAUGAAACUUAAGCAUAUAGCACAGAUCUUCCGCUUCUUAGACUUGCUUUCAUUGAGAAUGACAGAUCUGUAACUCACAUUUCUAUGUGAAUUUGUUUGGGUCGCCUAAAAAGUUCCAUAUUGCAGCUUUAAAGGUAGACUCAGAUGCAGACGUAGAUGCAGAAAGUAAACGGCAUAGUGGGUUAAUUUCCACAACAACAAAGAGCGUUGAAGCGUGAGGCUCAACUUCUCCACUGUUUUGGUCCCCUGGCUACCACGCUGUAAUAGCGUGAGGAGAACACAUCCACAGAUACUGUGUGUGACUGUGUGAGAGCAAAGUCUUGCAUCUCCCUCAGCUCAAUAUCUGCGGUGACUGCUCGUGGCAACGUCAUUUAGCCGAGUCUACCUUUAAAACAGGGAAAUGUUUGACACAGUGAUAAGCAGCUGAUACUGACUCAGCAUGUUGGUGUGUGACUGUCCUGGAAUGGGGAAGUGUGAGUCUGAAAGAGUUUCCCAACACUUAAUGUCAGUCAGUCAGUCUACUAAAACCACCCAGUCAGAGUUCCAACUCCUAUUCUGUAGUUGGUGUUUUCUGUACUCUCUCCUAGUGUUCUAGAGAACUACACUGAUAAACAACUCCCACACUGUCUCACUAGGUCUUUGUCCUUUUAACUAGGUCUCAUUGUGAUUAAAAUGUACAGGUAACUGUCAAAAUAAUGGAAACACUUGAGUAAAUGAGGGAUACAAAGUAUAAUCAUAAGUUGAAUGCACCAAUUUGUAAGUUGCUCUGGAUAAGAGCGUCUGCUAAAUGAUGUAAAUGUAAUAUUGAAAGCAGGUGCUUCCACACAGGUGUGGCUCCUGAGUUAAUUAAGCAAUUAACAUCCCAUCAUGCUUAGGGUCAUGUAUAAAAAUGCUGGGCAGGCCAUUAUUUUGGCCAUUAUUUUGGCUACCAUGGCUAUGCCCCCAUAGGAUGACAAUGCCCCCAUCCACCGGGCACAUUAAAACGAUGUAAACCAUAUGCCAGGGCCGUCUCAGUCACCAGAUCUUAACCCAAUUGAACACGUAUGGGAGAUUCUGAAGCGGCACCUGAGACAGCGUUUUCCACCACCAUCAACAAAACACAAAAUGAUGGAAUUUCAAUAUUAAAAUCAAGUCAUGUAUUGAAACUGGGGAACCACCUUUUUGAGGUAAAAACUGUAAACAUGAUUUUGUGGAAGAAGUGAGGGGUGUUGAAUGACUGUUGCUGUUUUACUGAGUUUCCCAAAGAGAAGUUAAAGCAGCUGAACUCUCUCUCGCUCUCUCUCUAUUUCUCUCAAUCUGUCUAUCUCUCUCUCUCUCUCCCCCUCUCCAGGACUGCAAUGUCUGUUCACAUCACCAAGUGGUCUCCUGAUGGGGAAUACUUUGCAACAGCCGGCAAGGUACACUCACUCAUUCACUCUCACUCACUCACCUCACCUCACUCACUCGAAAGCUAACAUUUUACAGGCGAUAUCUUGUUUCCACAUACUGUCAAUAUCCCAAUCAUGUCAUAAAUGUUUUCUACUUACUCAUGUUGAUUCUCCUCUAACACCUGUAGAGUAAUAAACAGGUAGUAAUGUUGAUUCUCCUCUAACACCUGUAGAGUAAUAAACAGGUAGUAAUGUUGAUUCUCCUCUAACACCUGUAGAGUAAUAAACAGGUAGUAAUGUUGAUUCUCCUCUAACACCUGUAGAGUAAUAAACAGGUAGUAAUGUUGAUUCUCCUCUAACACCUGUAGAGUAAUAAACAGGUAGUAAUGUUGAUUCUCCUCUAACACCUGUAGAGUAAUAAACAGGUAGUAAUGUUGAUUCUCCUCUAACACCUGUAGAGUAAUAAACAGGUAGUAAUGUUGAUUCUCCUCUAACACCUGUAGAGUAAUAAACAGGUAGUAAUGUUGAUUCUCCUCUAACACCUGUAGAGUAAUAAACAGGUAGUAAUGUUGAUUCUCCUCUAACACCUGUAGAGUAAUAAACAGGUAGUAAUGUUGAUUCUCCUCUAACACCUGUAGAGUAAUAAACAGGUAGUAAGGUUCAAUCAAGACUUUGUGAUCGUUUAUUCAGGAUCAAGUGUAGCCAUUGUGCUUGGUACUUCACCAACCUGUGUGUGUGUGUGUGUGUGUGUGUGCCUGCGUGUGUGUGCGCGCAUCUGUCUCGUGUGUGUGUAUGUGUGUCUGUCUCACCUGUGUGUUUCUCUCUCUAGGAUGACUGUCUGUUGAAGGUGUGGUACCCCACCAAUGGGUGGCGCUCUGCUGUAGUGGUCUCAGACCUCCCAGAUAAGAAAGGCCCUCAGGUCCACUUCUCCUUCAUAUACCUGGCACACCCCCGCUCUGUCACCGGCCUGUCCUGGAGGAAGACCAGCAAAUACAUGCCCAAGUAAGAACAUGCACUCUCUCACACACACACACACACACACACACACACACACACAAAGGACCAACACACCAAUGCGCGCGCACACACACACACAGACGUUUCCAUACGUUUUAAAUGGAAAAAAACGUUUCUUGGAAAAUAAGUCAAGCUGAUUGUAUAUUCUAAUCUACAUCUGUUGUAUAGAUUCAGCUCUGUGUUUUUGAAUGUCUCAAUCCCAUACGAAUGGAAAGAUUAGUGCCAUCUAUCUACUAAACUGUCAACCAUCAAUAUAAAAUGAUGUUCUGUAUGUGUCUCUCUCUCAUUCUCCCCCUCUCUCUCUCUCUCUCUCUCUCUCUCUCUAUCUCUCUCUUUUUCUCCCCCCCUCUCUUCGCUCUCCAGGGGUAGUGUGUGUAACGUGUUGUUGACGUCGUGUGAGGACGGUGUGUGUAGGUUGUGGUCUGAGACGGUGCUGCCAGAGGACAGUAUCCUGGGUGGUCAGAUCACUGAGAACACACACUCCUACAGCUCCAGUCUGCCAGGCCUGGGGGGCAAGGACAAGAUACAACACGCCCUGGAGGUAGUUAGACCACACAGUACACACACACACACACACACACACACGCCCUGGAGGUAGACCACACAGUACACACACACACACACACACACAUACACACGCCCUGGAGGUAGACCACACAGUACACACACACACACACACACACACACACACACACACACACACAGUACACACACACACACACACACACACGCACAAAAUGUGUUCUUCAAAUAAACUUUGUAGUUUUAAUUUUGAAUGUACACUUUAUUAGUUAGUCAUUAAAAAAUGCACAGAGAUAUAGAACAGAUUGAUAUGAAGGACUUCAAUAAUAUGACGCUUCUCUUCUCUCUUCCUGUCCCGCCCCCUGCCCUGUCAUUGGUCCUCCCCGUGCCACACACACACCUGUCCUCUCAUUGGCCAGUCGAUGAGCCACCUGAAGCACCUGCGUCGUGGUCGUCGGAGGUCGUCUGCCCUGGUAGCUCACACUGAUCUGCUGCCGUCUCAGAUGGGGACCCACGAGACACACACCCACCGCCACAUCUCUCACCACGCUAACGCUCUCUGUCACUUCCACAUCUCUGCCAGCAUCAACCCUGCCACAGGUACGUAGCACACACACACACACACUGCAUCAGACAUACACAUACAUACAGCUAGACACACACACUCUCUCCGCCUCAGGCAUACACACACGCACACACUGAACUAGGAACAUCAGCCUUACCUUGUUCCUAUAUUCCUCCCACAUGCAUAGUAAUAUACCCGCCCCUUUUCUCUCUCUGUCUCCUCCCCCCAGACAUCCCAGCGGUGCUAGCGGAGUCUGCAGUGUUUACUCCGGAGGACGGUGGUGGAGGAGGAGGGUUUGUGGUCCACUGGCUCAACAACAAGGACCUGUCCUUCACCUCCUCCAUGGACCUGUUCAUGCAGCAGCUCCGCAAGCUCUCAGAACAGCAGCUGGACCAAGCCACCGACGACCCCCUCGACCAGGAUGGCUCCCCCAUUAAGUUUGACUUUGGUACGAUCUAUUUCAGAAACCCCUCAGAUCUACAUAUUUUUGUUGUUGUGAGAGACAUGUUUUGUGGGGUCUUGUUUAUCAUGACAACAUGAAAUGCAGUGAUCCUUCAUAAUAAUAUGCGUCAAGCAGACACGUUUUCCCAAAGCUAGUAACAGUACUGUGUGCAUACAUGUUCCUAUGGGAUUGAACCCACGAUCCUGACGUUGCAAGUGCCAUGCUCUACCAACUGAGUCACACAGAACCACCUAUAGUAGAUAUCGUAGCUAUGAUAUAAACUAGUUCUGAGUAGCUGACCCAGUGCAAAACUGUUGUCGAGUUUUGAAAUACAUCUGGCUAAUAUCAGUCUGUCUGAGGUAUUCUAUACACACUGACAUGUCAUAUUCUGUCUGUGUCUGACUCCAUACUUUCCCUCCCACCAACUAAGUAAACAAGGUGAAAAGAAGAACGAAAGAACGACAGCCCAAAGCAAGAAACAAUCCAUAACUCACUCAAUCCUUCCCUCCCUACCUACCCUCCCUCUUCCUUCCUUCCAACCCUGACAACCUCCACCAUCCACCUCACCUCCCCUUCCUUCCCCCCCUUUUCCACCCUCCCCUCUUCCCUCCACCUUCCUUCCACCCCUCCCUCCCUCUCUCUCUCCAGACCUAGAUGAGAUGUCAGAGAAGGGUUCAUCAGAGCAUGGUGAGGAGGGUGAGGGUGGUGAAGGCAGCACCAAGGCAUCGUCGCCAGGCUCCAGUAGCUCAGUGCCCCUGCCCUCCAUGUUGCUGGAUAGGAAGAUGGAGACUUUAACUCUGGAGUGGAAUAAGAGUCCUGACAUGCUGUUUACCAUCCACCCCACCGACGGAUCCUUCCUGGUCUGGCACGUCAAAUACCUGGACGAGUACAUCCAGGGUAUCUUCAGACAGGUGCAGGUAAGAGGAGAAUGCACAUGGAGCAACACGCACGGACAGGGAUAAACACACGUAUUGUACAUGGACACACACCAACCAGCAUUAACCCCACACAAGAGGAAGCAGAAUGAUGCUCCAAUCUGACUAUUCUCUCUCUCAUCCCUCUCUCCAUCCCUCUUUCUCCAGGUGUCGUUCUCGUCCCGUAUCCCAGUGGCGUUCCCUACAGGCGACGCCAACUCCCUGAGUAAGAACAUUCUGAUGUACGCCUGCUCCUUCUCUGACAUGGAUAGCUCCAACGCCGGGGGGGAGCAGGGGAGGAGGGCCCGCCGUUUGCCCCAUUCUGCCUCUGCUGGGCUGGGCUCCUCAGCCCUCAGCCUCUCCCUGGCCCAAGCCCCAGGCAUCGGCCCCGCUGUCAUGAUGGUGUCCAAACAUGUGGACGGGUCUCUCAAUCAGGUGAGCGGGAGAGGCAGACUGUGGCUGCGUCCCAAAUGGCACCUUAUUCCCCAUGUUGUGCACUACUUUUGACCAGGGCUCAUAAGGGUAUUGAGGUCCUUAGAUUAAUGCUUAAAAGACAAACUACAGCCAUAUAAAGUAAAAACUAAUAAUAAUAAUAAUCCCUCUAAUAAUGUCAUACUCUGAUAAAUAAUGUUGAAUAAACUUGUGUAUAGACAUUUUGUGGCUCAAUAAAGUUUUCCUUUCAAUCCGUUUCCCUCUCUAGUGGGCGGUGACGUUCGCUGAGCGCUCUGCGUUCUCCAACGUUCUGACCGUGUCUCAUAAGUUCCGUUACUGCGGUCACCGGUUCCACCUCAACGACCAGGCGUGUCACACGGUCCUCCCUCUACUGCUGACCUCCUCCCACCACAACGCUCUCCUCACCCCCCCCUCCGCCCCCAGCAGCAUCGACCUCGACCAGCCACACACACACACACCUCCCCCCAGAGGACUGCGCAGGUAGGGAGGAAGGAAGUGUGUGUGUGUGUGUGUGUGUGUCAUAGGUGGAAGCAACGAGGACCCUCUAUGACCCUCUAUGUCUAGAAAGUGUGUGUGUGUUUACAUAAUGUUCACGUGAGUGUGUAUCAUAACUACUUACGUGUGUGUGUGUGCUCAUGCCUGCAAGCAUGUAUGUCAGUGUUUCCUCUCAAAUGUGUUAGCUGUGGGGGAAAAGUUAGCGGGGGUUUAAGGGGGGCGGGGGGGAGGUCUCUCCCAAUUAACAGAAGACACUGGUAUAGUCAGUGCGAUUGCUGCCAGCUGGUUAAGGCAGGGGUAGAGCUGCCCCCACUCAUCAAACUGCGAGGCCAGCUUUGUCAUUGCCAUCAGCUGGUCCAACCCCUGAAAUACAUGAAAAACUAAAAGAUGUACAACAUUAAAGAAGAGCCAACAGAGUGGUAGUUCAAGAGGAAAAAGGGUUGGGCAACACUGGCCUAAAAUGUUAUCUUCAAAAGAUUGUCACAUUCAUGCCAUACCUUGAAUGCUCCAACUAGCACGUUGCUUGUAAGAGGGCCACUCUUGCAGCGCAGCAGCCUCUGGCACUUGCAAUAACUGCCUGGAGAGGAGAGUCAGGAUAAAGGUGUUUAUCCUCUCACUAGAGAACGCACCCUGAGGUCCCAACACACUGAAGGAGCCCAGAAUCUCCAGGUGUUGGAUUCUCUGGUUUAGGCUGUCCUGGAGGCCAACAAGAUAUGGAUCCAUUACCUAAUUACAGCACAAAACAGAAAAUAAGUCAUUAAUAGCUGUUUGUUUUAGUUUAUCCAACACAGAGUUUCUGUAUUGGGCACUGGUCGCUCGCGCGCUGGUCCCUGGCGUGCCGUUUCUCACGCAGGUGCAUUCUGAAGUGAUUCAAGUGAAUUGUGUUUGGCGCUGCAGAGCGUCUGUAUCGAGCACUGGUCACUCACACACUGGUCACUGGCACGCUGUGUUUCUUGAGUUGCAGGCUGCCUGCCACAGCUCGCAGAGCUAAAUAUCCUUCACUGUGUUGAACCCAGACAGAUUAUCUAUUUACCAAGAAAAGCGAAUGUGCUUUACAGAACUUUAUUGAAACUAUGUUUGGUAGAAAUAGGAUGUUUAUUUUGGUGUGGCGGCAAUGAUUCUGCCAUGGCGCAGCGCCACACUUAAAUGAAUGCAGAGGAAACACUGAUGUGUGUGUAACAUAAACUCUGUCUUUGACGAUCAGUAACGUGUGUGUGACAAACUGUGUGUGUGACCAACUCUGUGUGUGUGUGAUCCCCCUAGGAAGCAGCUGCGUAACGCGGCCACCAGGACGUUCCAUGACCCUAACGCCAUCUACAGUGAGCUGAUUCUGUGGAGGGUGGACCACAUCGGACCCCUGUCCUGCACUGGAGGGGUGUCAGAGCUGGCCCGAAUCAACUCCCUACACACAUCAGCCUUCUCCAAUGUGGCAUGGCUGCCUACCCUGGUACCCAGCUCUGUGCUAGGUUAGUACACACACACACUGGAAUUAAGCGUAUUGUUGGAGGAUGUAUAUAAUGUAUAUCUGGUGUUCAUGUGUGUAUCACAUGUUCAGACAAGGUACUGGUGAAGUAGUCAAUGAUUGUCAAGGGGUGGUUUGGCGACACCUAUAGGUGUUCAAGUUGCAAUAUUAUUGGGCAUAUACAGUUGAAGUCGUAAGUGUACAUACACUUAGGUUUGAGUCAUUAAAACUCGUUUUUUUCAACCACUCCACAAAUGUCUUGUUAACAAACUAUAGUUUUGGCAAGUCAGUUAGGACAUCUACUUUGUGCAUGACACAAGUAAUUUUUCCAACAAUUGUUUACAGACAGAUUAUUUCACUUAUAAUUCACUGUAUCACUAUUCCAGUGGGUCAGAAGUUUACAUACACUAAGUUGACUGUGCCUUUAAAUAGCUUGGAUAAUUCCAGAAAAUGAUGUCAUGGCUUUAGAAGCUUCUGAUAGGCUAAUUGACAUCAUUUGAGUCAAUUGGAGGUAUACCUGUGGAUGUAUUUCAAGGCCUACCUUCAAACUCAGUGCCUCUUUGCUUGACAUCAUGGGAAAAUCAAAAGAAAUCAGCCAAGAUCUCAGAAAAAUAAUUGUAGACCUCCACAAGUCUGGUUCAUCCUUGGGAGCAAUUUCCAAACGCCUGAAGGUACCACGUUAAUCUGUACAAACAAUAGUACGCAAGUAUAAACACCAUGGGACCACGCAGCCGUCAUACCCCUCAGGAAGGAGACGCGUUCUGUCUCCUAGAGAUGAACGUACUUUAGUGCGAAAAGUGCAAAUCAAUCCCAGAACAACAGCAAAGGACCUUGUGAUGAUGCUGGAGGAAACAGGUACAAAAGUAUCUAUAUCCACAGUAAAACGAGUCCUAUAUCGACAUAACCUGAAAGGCCGCUCAGCAAGGAAGAAGCCACUGCUCCAAAACCACCAUAAAAAAGCCAGACUACGGUUUGCAACUGCACAUGGGGACAAAGAUCGUACUUAUUGGAGAAAUGUCCUCUGGUCUGAUGAAACAAAUAUAGAACUGUUUGGCCAUAAUGACCAUCAUUAUGUUUGGAGGAAAAAGGGGGAUGCUUGCAAGCCGAAGAACACCAUCCCAACCGUGAAGCACGGGGGUGGCGUCAUCAUGCUGUGGGGGUGCUUUACUGCAGGAGGGACUGGUGCACUUCACAAAAUAGAUGGCAUCAUGAGGAAGGAAAGUUAUGUGUAUAUAUUGAAGCAACAUCUCAAGACAUCAGUCAGGAAGUUAAAGCUUGGUCGCAAAUGGUCUUCCAAAUGGACAAUGACACCAAGCAUACUUCCAAAGUUGUGGCAAAAUGGCUUAAGGACAACAAAGUCAAGGUAUUGGAGUGGCCAUCACAAAGCCCUGACCUCAAACCUAUAGAACAUUUGUGGGCAGAACUGAAAAAGCAUGUGCGAGCAAGGAGGCCUACAAAGCUGACUCAGUUACACCAUCUCUGUCAGGAGGAAUGGGCCAAAAUUCACCCAACUUAUUGUGGGAAGCUUGUGGAAGGCUACCCGAAACGUUUGACCCAAGUUAAACAAUUUAAAGGCAAUGCUACCAAAUACUAAUUGAGUGUAUGUAAACUUCUGACCCACUGGGAAUGUGAUGAAAGAAAUAAAAGCUGAAAUAAAUCAAGUGGUGAUCCUAAUUGACCUAAGACAGGGAAUUUUUACUAGGAUUAAAUGUCAGGAAUUGUGAAAAACUGAGUUUAAAUGUAAACUUCCGACUUCAACUGUAUACUAACUACAUGCAAAAUCUUACUCCGAGCUCCCACAUUAAAAACAGCAUCUCUCUCUCUCGCUCCCCUCCCUCCCUCCCUCCCUCCAGGUACGUACUGUAACAGUUCCAGUGCAUGCUUCGUCGCGUCAGACGGUAAGAACCUGCGUCUCUACCAGGCUGUGGUGGACGCCAGGAAACUGCUGGACGAACUGUCAGACCCUGAGACCUCAGUAAGUACACACAGAGACAGACACACAGACACACGUACAGAUGCACUCAGUCAGAUUAACAGUGCUGAAAUCCUGAGACUGAAAGGACUCUAACUUUAAAGCUUUAAGGUAGCUGGUUAAAGACACUGUUUGGUAACUUUCCUACACCUCCCUCUCUCUGUCUCUCUCUCUCUCUGUCUCUCAUCUAUCUCUCCAUAGAAACUAGUAGGAGAGGUGUUUAACAUAGUGAGCCAGCAGUCGACAGCCAGACCAGGCUGCAUCAUAGAACUAGAUGUCAUCACUAACCAGGUAAGAAACACCUGUCUCUGACUGUCUCUUUAUCUAAGCAAUAAGUCAAGAGGCCAUGCUACAUAAUUAAUAUAGUCACAGGAAAAUGGUGUUGUUCGGCUCAACGACAGCAGAAGUAUUUUACCUAACAGAUACCGAGUUUAUCAAAAUUUGAUUUGUUUUCCAAUUCUUUGUGGUACUUUGUAAUCUGAGGGAAAUACAUCCCUCUCUCUCUUUUUCCCUCUCUCCCUCCCUCUGUCCGCUUUCUCUCUCUCUCUCUCUCUCUCUCUCGGUCUCUUUCUCUUUCGCUCGCUCUCUCUCUCGCUCUCUCGGCUCUCUCCCUCUCUCGCUCUCUCAUCUCUCUCUCUCUCUCUCUCUCUCUCUCUCCUCUCUCUCUCGUCUCUCUCUUCUCCGCUCUCCCCGCGUCUCUCUUUCCCCUCUCUCUCCCGCUCUCUCUCUGCUAUCGCUCUCUUCUCGUCUCCUGCCUCGAUCUCUCCAGUUCGCUAUCGCUCCUCUCUUCUUCUCUCGUCCCUCUCUCUCUCUCCUCUCCUCCUUCUCCUACUCUCUCGCUCUCUCUCUCUCUCUACUCUCAUCUCUCUCUGUGUCUGGUAGUGUGGAUCUACCACCCAGCUCCUCCAUGUCUUCCAGGAGGACUUUAUUUUGGGGUAUAAACCUCAGGAGGACCCAGAGUUCUACACUACAGCCUACCCUUCUACCGAGGGUAUGGGACGGACGGACGGACGGAUGGUUGGAUGAAUGGAGUGAUGAAUAAAUGACUGAACUGAAGAACUUCUAAAGAUGUUGUGUUUCUCUCUCCUCUCCAGAGUACCACCCUACUCCGUUCUCUGAGAAGUUCUUCCUGGUUGUCAUAGAGAAGGACUUGAAUAGGAACUCUGUGCUGCAGAUGUGGCACCUGCACCUACAGUCCGUGCAGGCCUGUGUGGGUGAGUACUUAACCACAACCCUGACCCAACCUAACCACAACCCAACCUAUCCACAACUUAACCUAGGCCUGUGUGGGUGAGGAGACAACAGUACAAUAGAGUACAGUACAGUAGACUCCAGUAUAAUAGAGUAACGUACAGUAGACUAGCAGUAUAAUAGAGUAACGUACAGUAGACUGCAGUAUAAUAGAGUAACGUACAGUAGACUGCAGUAUAAUAGAGUACAGUAGACUCCAGGAUAAUAGAGUAGAGUACAGUAGACUCCAGUAUAAUAGAGUAGAGUACAGUAGACUCCAGUAUAAUAGAGUAGAUACAGUAGACUCCAGUAUAAUGGAGUACAGUAGACUCCAGUAUAAGAGUACAGUAGACUCCAGUAUAAUGGAGUACAGUAGACUCCAGAUAAUAGAUAGAAGGUACAGUAGACUCCAUUAUAUGAGUCAGUAGACUCCAGUAUAAUGAGUACAGAAAGACCCAUUAAUGAGUAACGAGUAACUCCAGUUAUUUUGUAAGUCCACCUCCAGUAUAAUGGUUCGUAACAGUAACUCUCAGUAUAGAGGGAUACCUGAUUUCCAGUAUAAUGGGUACAGUAGACCUCCAUAUAAUGGGUCAGUAACUCCAUUAUACUGAGUAAUGCUUUUAUACACUAGCCUUGUUUUGUAUAUUGAUUGUGUUGAAGAUAACGUUUUUUCUCUGUUUGUUCAGAUAAUAGUGUGAACAAUAAAGUUUUUCCUCUGUGUUGUUGACAGUCCUUUCAUCGUUUUCUUCCUUCUCCUCUCCUCUCUCUGGUCUCUGUCUCUUGUCUCGCUCCCUCUGUCCUCUCUCUCGCUUUCUUUUCUCUCUUUCUUGUCUCUGUCUCUUCUCUGCCCUUCUGUCUUUUUCUCCUCUCUCUGGUCUCUUUCUCUUCUCUCAUCGUCUCUCUCUCUCUCUGUCGCCUCUCUCUUGUCUCUCUCCCUCUCUUCUCUUCUCUCCUUUCCUGUCCUCUUUCUCUGUCUCCUCUCUCUCUUCUCUGUCCCCCUGUCUCUCAUCUCUCUUCUCUCUCUUCUGUCUUCUCUCUUCUUCCUCUUUCUCUCUCUUCUCGCCUUUUCUCUGUACUCUCGUCCCUGUCUCUGUCUCUGUCGCUGUCUCUUUGUCCAUCUGCUCUCUUCUCUUCUUCCCCCUCUCUGUCCUUCUUUCUCUGUUCCUCUCUUCUACUGCCUUCUCUGCUCUUCUUCUUUUCUGUCUCUCUUAUGUCUCUCUGUCCUCUUUUCUCUGUCUCCCUCUGCCUCUGCCUCUGCCUUCUGCCUCUGCCUCUGCCUCUGCCUCUGUCUCUGUCUCUCUGUCUCUGUGUUCAGAUGAUCUUAAGCUCGCCACCCCUGAGACCUCUUCCAUACCUGACACGCCCAGGAACCCCCCCUGUCAUAAAAUGCAUCGGAAUGAUCCUCAGUCACGGGUCUUGCCCCCGGUUUGACUGCCUUUUGGGGUAUGAAGGCUAUCAUCCGAUGUACGAUUAGCAACCUCUGCCGUCCCAAAAUUCUGCUGUAAGGGGUCCGUUCAUUCGCCACAUAUAUAUAAUAUUUUUAUAAAUCGAUAUAUAAAAUAUAUUAUUUAAUUAUCUAAUCUACCUUCCAAUACAUAUUACAAUCAUCCCCGGAAACCUCCCCCCUCCCGCUCAGUCCCCCACGCCACCUCAUGCCACAACUUCCUCAGCUCCACUUCUGUACCCCCUACCUUUCUAUUUUUUCCGGUUUACCCCCCCAUGUACUAUAAUCUCACACACCUACCGCACUACCACCACACUCUUCUGGUAGGGAUGGGAAGGAUACGCGUAUGCAUGCACACAGAUAUAUAUAUAUACUGUAAAUAUACCCUCCACAGGUAAAGACUAAUAACAUUACUUUUAUAUAUUUGUAAAAACAGUCAAAAUGUAAUAUAUUCUAAAGUAAAAGUUUUAAAAAGCCAACAGCACAUAAUAGAAAAUAGAACGCCUCUGAAGCCAGGGACUGGAUCCUAACAAUUGAAUCUACCAUUGUCCUCCAUGUCUCUCUGUCUUCAAGUCAUCUGAGUUAGUCUGUAUCCUUUGUAACAGUUAUUCUAUUCUCUCUCUCUCUCUCUCUCCUCUCUCUCUCUCUCUCUCUCGCUCUCCCCUCUCUCUCUCUCUCGCUCCCCUCUCUCCAGGUCACCUGAGUUCGUCGUCCAUCUACCCUGUGUGUCUGGCCCCCUACCUGAUCGUCACCACCUGCUCUGACUCCCGCGUCCGCUUCUGGCGCUGCUCUGUGGAGGGUGAGGAGGGGGGAGAGUCAGCCCUGGGCUGUGAGGAGAGGGAGAGCAGGGUCUAUCACUGGGAGCCUUGGGCCCUACUCAACGAGGAGGAGGAUAACAACAGCGCUGUGUGUGUCCCGGGACGUCCUGUAGCCGUGUCAUGUUCCUACACUGGACGACUGGCUGUCUCCUUCAAACAGCCCCGGCCCGGACAUAUACCGGGAAAGGUAGGAGAGGACUUUUACUGUACGCUCCACUCAUGUUAAUGGCUCAUUGGAUUAGUGCAUAUUCUGUUUAAGUGCAGUGUAGUUCACCUGUCUGAAUUCAGCACAUUGCUUUCAAUUUCUGGCCCUGUGGAAUGUCAUAAAUACAGUAUAAACUCUUAUCAGAGUUAUUUUGUAGAAGGUUUUACCUGAAGUGAUUGUGGUUCUCUCACCCUCCUUAUCUCUGGAUAUGGUUUUGGAUAAGAACAUCUGAUGACUAAAAUGGACAAUACUUCAAUGUUCAUUUUCCCUCAGACAUUUGUCUUUUUCCAUUUAACCUAACUGUUUAAUGAAGUGUAUUCCAUCCCUGUCUCCAGAGCCAUGGUCCAGCAGGGGACUUCUCCAUGCACGUGUCCAUCUUUGAGUGUGAGUCUACGGGGGGGUCAGAGUGGGUGUUGGAGCAGACCCUCCACCUGGAUGACUUUACUAGGUCCUCCUCUACCCUGGACCCCAGAGUCAGUGUAGACUCCAACCUCUUUGUGUACAACAGGUACUGGUGGGGGGUGUCUGUUGUGUGUGUGUGUGUGUGUGUCUGUGUGUCUCUGUGUGUGUGCUGUGUGUGCAUGUCUCUUAAAUUACUAACCCCCUCUCUCUCUGUAGGUCUGACCUGUACAUGAGUCGCGAUCACCACUCUCCCAACAUCAAACACUACGUCCACCUGGACUGGCUGUCCAAAGAGGACGGGUCUCAUAUUCUCACGGUGGGGGUGGGGUCCAACAUCCUCAUGUACGGUCGUAUCUCGGGCGUGGUCAACGAACAGACCGCAAGCAAGGACGGGGUGGCGAUCAUCACCCUACCUCUAGGGGGCAGCAUCAAACAGGUACAUGCACACACAUAUACACACACACACACACACACCCCAAAGUCAGGAUCAAACAGGUACUUCUGUAACCUACAUUACCUUGUAUUCUUCCCACAUUUAGUCUACUGUGUAUUGCUGGUACAUAUGCUGUUUGUUAAUAUGGGAUUCUGUCUGUAUGUAUUGUGUAUGCUGCUAAAUGAAUUGCCUCAUUGAGGACAUUCAAGUUUUCAAGUGUGCGUCCCUAAUGGAUGCCUGGCUAGUCAGACUCCUUGCUUCCCUAAUGGUUACCUGGCUAGUCAGACUCCUUGCUUCCCUAAUGGUUGCCUGGCUAGUCAGACUCCUUGCUUCCCUAAUGGUUGCCUGGCUAGUCAGACUCCUUGCUUCCCUAAUGGUUGCCUGGCUAGUCAGACUCCUUGCUUCCCUAAUGGUUGCCUGGCUAGUCAGACUCCUUGCUUCCCUAAUGGUUGCCUGGCUAGUCAGACUCCUUGCUUCCCUAAUGGUUGCCUGGCUAGUCAGACUCCUUGCUUCAGGCCAAACUCCUCGCACACAGACGUUAGUUUCUUCUCCGCAAUGAGUCCGGAUCUGAGUACCUCCCUGACCCUUCACCGAAUGCGAACACAUUCGGGGCCGUCUGAUUGGUCCAGAAACCGAUUGGGCUUCCGCCAGAGCUAGAACACAAGUGUGUAAAGCGGACGUUUGAAAAUGUCGUCAUUGGCUUUGAUACUCUGAUUGGUUAGAGACGAUCCAAUCGCUGAUUACUUUGUUUCUUACAACGCCCUUCGUGCCCCUCCUCACAACAAACGACUUCAAUGUUGGCAGUCUCAGACUAAAGGACUGUUUAUAGCGAACGACAGGGCAGUGGAAGAAUUUAGAGUGAGUCGUCAGGCUACCCAGAUGGCACCCUAUUCCCUAAUUAGUGCACUACUUUUGACCAGAGCCUAAUGGCUGCACUAUAAAGCGUCUGGAAAAUAAAUUAUCUUAUUAUUAUUAAGGGAAUAGGGUGCCUUUUGGUACGUGGGUCCUGGUGAAAAGUAAUGCAACAUAUAAGGAAUAGAAUAGAAUAGAGAAGAACUUCAUUGUCCUUGUGUUACAGCGAAACACCCCCCACCCCAGACAGCACACAUCACACACACAGUUGAGACAAGCACAGGGUCAAGCUGCAGUGCAUGUUGUAAGGUUAAGGGCCUUGCUCAAGGGCCCCAUGGUAGGGGAAUGUCUUUAGCAUAUGAACCCAGUUGCCAGAUCAAUUCCCUCCUAUUUUUCCAGCGCCCAGCCCGGGAUUCCAUUUGGGAUGCAUCCCUAACCUAAUCUAAUGUGAAACAGGGUAUCCGUUCCCGCUGGAUCCUGCUGCGCACCGUGGACCUGCUCUCCUCGGUGGACGGCACCCCUCCCUGCCCGUGUCCCUGUCCUGGGUGAGGGACGGCAUCCUGGUGGUGGGUAUGGACUGUGAGAUGCACGUGUACGCCCAGUGGCGCCAGGACCGCAAGCCCGGCGAGGCCGAGGGGGACAGCCUCUCCUCUGCAGAUAACAUCGCCGGGGGGGUUGGAGGGGGCGGAGGGCAGACGGCCACCACCACAACCACGGGGGGAUCCUCGUCGGCGUUCAAGGGGCGUGCCCGGUCCAAGAGUAUGUUUGAGGGCAACGUGGCAAUCGACGAGGCUCUCCAGGCGCCUGCGGGGCUGCAGGAGGGGGGUCUGUUCGAGGCGGCCCACUCCCUGUCCCCCACCCUGCCUCAGUACCAUCCAACACAGCUGCUGGAGCUCAUGGACCUGGGGAAGGUCCGCCGUGCCAAGGUGGGUCUGACUGACUGGUCUGGCUGGAUGGAUGAAUAGAUGGCUGGUUGGCUGGCUGUCUGACUGGUGGGUCUGGGUGGAUGGGUGGAUGAAUAGAUGGCUGGUUGGCUGCUGUCUGACUGGUGGGUCUGGGUGGAUGGAUGAAUAGAUGGCUGGUUGGCUGGCUGUCUACUGGUGGGGUCUGGGUGGAUGGGUGGGUGGAUGAAUAGAUGGCUGGUUGGCUGUCUGGUGGGUCUGGGUGGAUGGGUGGGUGGAUGAAUGGAUGAUAGAUGGCGGGUUGGCUGCCUCUGACUGUGGUCUGGGGGUGGAUGAUGGAUGGCUGGUUGGCUGCUUCUGCCCUGACUGUGGUCUGGGUGAAUGGUUUGGAAAGAUGCGGGUUUUUGGCUGGUGUCUGACUGGUGGGUCUGGGGGAGGGUGGGUGGAUGAAUAGAUGGCUGGUUGCUGUCGUCUGACGACGGGUGGGUCCUGGGUAAAAGGGAUGAAUAAAUGGCUGGUUGCUGGCUGCUGCUGGUGGAUGGUGGUGAUGAAUGGAUGAUAUAUGGCUGUUUGCUGUCUGUCUGACUGGUGGGUCUGGGUGGAUGGUGGGUGAUGAUUCUGGUUGCCCCUGUCUAUUGGUUGGUGGCAUCGGGCUGCUGGUAGGCUUUUCUCCUCUGGCUGGCUGGCUGUCCUCCUCUGCCCUUCCAUUUUAAAUUUUGCGACCAAGAUACUUUUAUUGAAGUGACCAGAGAACUUCUUGAGUAGUCAUAGAAUGUCAUGAUGAUGAUUAUGGCGACCAUGACGAUGAUGAUGAUGCUGUCGAUGACUAUAAUAAUGUCUCUGCUACUGUUGAUGAUGAUGAUGAUGUCGAUGACUAUAAUAAUGUCUCUGCUACUGUUGAUGAUGAUGAUGAUGCUGUCGAUGACUAUAAUAAUGUCUCUGCUACUGUUGAUGAUGAUGAUGAUGCUGUCGAUGACUAUAAUAAUGUCUCUGCUACUGUUGAUGAUGAUGCUGUCGAUGACUAUAAUAAUGUCUCUGCUACUGUUGAUGAUGAUGAUGCUGUCGAUGACUAUAAUUGUCUCUGCUACUGUUGAUGAUGAUGCUGUCGAUGACUAUAAUAAUGUCUCUGCUACUGUUGAUGAUGAUGCUGUCGAUGACUAUAAUAAUGUCUCUGCUACUGUUGAUGAUGAUGCUGUCGAUGACUAUAAUAAUGUAUCUGCUACUGUUGAUGAUGAUGAUGAUGCUGUCGAUGACUAUAAUAAUGUCUCUGCUACUGUUUAUGAUGAUGGAUGAUGAUGAUGAGCGUCGAGACUAUAAUAAUGUCUUGCUACUAUUGAUGAUGAUGCUGUCGAUGACUAUAAUAAUGUCUCUGCUACUGUUGAUGAUGAUGAUGAUGCUGUCGAUGACUAAUGUCUCUGCUACUGUUGAUGAUGAUGCUGUCGAUGACUAUAAUAAUGUAUCUGCUACUGUUGAUGAUGAUGAUGAUGUCUGUCGAUAAUAAUGUCUCUGCUACUGUUGAUGAUGUGAUGAUGCUGUCGAUGACUAUAAUAAUUCUCUGCUACUGUUGAUGAUGAUGAGGGCUGUCGAUGACUUAAUAAUGCCCUCUGCUACUGUUUGAUGAUGAUGCUGUCUGACUAAAAUGUCCCCUGCUACUUUUUGAUGAUAUGCUGUCAUGACUAUAAUAAUGUCUCUGCUACUGUUGAUGAUGAUAUGUGCUGUCGAUGACUAAAAUGUCCUCUGCUACUGUUGAUGAUGAUGCUGUCCGAUGACUAUAAUAAUGUCCUCUGCUACGGUUGAUGAUGAUGAUGAUGCUGUCGAUGACUAUAAUAAUGUCUCUGCUACUGUUGAUGAUGAUGAUGCUGUCGAUGACUAUAAUAAUGUCUCUGCUACUGUUGAUGAUGAUGUUGUCGAUGACUAUAAUAAUGUCUCUGCUACUGUUGAUGAUGAAUAUGGUUAUUCUUCUUCUUCUCCAGGCCAUCCUGUCCCACCUGGUGAAGUGUAUCGCCGGGGAGGUUGCCGUGGUGAGGGACGUGGAGGCAGGUGAGGGUGGAACCAGACGUCACCUGUCCCGGACAAUCAGUGUGAGCGGCAGCACGGCUAAAGACACCAUCGUGGCCGGCCGCGACGGGGGACGUGAUUACACAGAAAUCAACUCCAUUCCCCCUCUACCCCUCUACGCUCUGCUCUCUGCUGACCUGGACACCUCCUAUAAGGGAGGAGAGGAGGGGGCGAAGGGGGGGAAGGUGGCCGAGGUAGAGGGGGCGAGGAAGACAGGAGAAGAUCAGUACACUGACCUGUUCCAGGUAAAAGGGUUUAGGUUUUAGGUGGAUGUUUCAGUGACACACAGACGUUUCUUUUUUCAUAGAAUCAUAGUUCCUAAGUGUGUAGAUGCUCAACAGAUUCUUCAAAAACGUGUUGGUUCAUUUUCUAUUGUAUAAUAUUGAUAUUGUUCUGUCUGUUACCUAAAGACAUGAUAUGCAGUAAAUGUCUGUUGGAACCAUAUAUGUUAACCUCUGAGUCCAGAUGUAGUCUCCUGUCUGUUAUACCCAAAUCAAUCAACCAACGAGUCAUUGUAUGGCUCCCUCCCUCCCUCAGUUGCAGGCGGUGACGACAGAUGACUUUGCGAGCUUCGCUACAGAGAAAGUAGAGAAGAAGUCUAGAUUCAUCAACCUGUCUCAGUAUGGACCCACCUACUUCGGACCAGAACACGCACAGGUAAACAACAAGAACAUGUAUUUACUUACCAGCUUGCUGAUGCUUUAGAUGUUAUUGUCUGGUUUAAUUGUUUGUUUGUCAAAUCAAUAUAUCACCUCUGAGAUUAAUACAGUCAUUCUUCUCUGCUAAUCCCUCCCUCCCUCCCCUCCCUCCCCUCCCUCCCUCCCUCCCUCCCUCCCUCCCUCUCUCCCUCCCUCCCCUCCCUCCCUCCCCCUCCCUCCCUCCCUCCCUCUCUCCCUCCCUCCCUCCCCCUCCCUCCCUCCCCCCUCCUCUCCUCCCUCUCUCUCUCUCUCCCUCCCUCCCUCUCUCUCUCUCUCUCUCCCUCUCCCUCCCUCCCUCCAGGUGUUAUCUAGUCAGCUGAUGCAUUCCAGUCUUCCAGGUCUGACUCGGUUAGAACAGAUGUUCCUGGUGGCUCUAGCUGAUACUGUAGCAACCACCAGUGCAGAGGUCAGCAGCUCCACUGACAAACAGUACACAGGUCAGUCUCAGAGAGAGGGAGGGUGUUUGUGUCUGCGACUUGGGCUAUGUUUUGCCUAACCAUGGUCUAUUAGGCUAAACAAAUACAAAUAUAAUGUAAUUAGUCUAGUCAGAGUUAUUCCCUGAUUGUGUGUUCCUAAUUAUUGAUAUAAACACACACACACUCACAGUUAUCUUUGUCAUUUUACCUCCACUAUCAGUCUGUUAUAUAUGUUAUUUAGUCUUUAAGAGGGAUGUGAGAGAGAGACCUUAGCAGGUUGUUCCUCUGUUAAGUAAGCAGGGAGAGAGAGAGAGAGAGAGGGGGGAGAGGUAGAGGGAGUAGAGGUAGAGGGAGUAGAGGUAGAGGAGAGAGGUAGAGGGAGAGAGGUAGAGGGGGGUGGAGAGAGGUAGAGAGGGAGAGGGGUGGAGAGAGGGGGAGAGGUAGAGAGGGGGUGGGGAGAGGACCAGGCACAUGGAGUCGAAGACAUUUAAAGGGCUGAUUCCUAAAUCAGUGUUUUCAUCCCUUUGUAUGGAUAGGUAGACGGGGAUAGAGAGAUCCCUCAACCCUCUCCAUCUGGUGUGUAGAAUUAGGAGAAGCUGCUCUAUCCCAAAUGAAUGGGAAAGACUGGCACCAUCUGAUUCCAUCUGAUCAUUGUGUGUGUGUGUGUGUGUUAAUGUCCUAUACUAACCCAUGUGUUAAUAAUGUGUUUGUGUCUAGGUGGUGAGGCCCUGGAUGAGUGUGGGUUGAGGUACCUGUUAGCCAUGCGUCUACACACCUGUCUCCUCACCUCUCUACCCCCGCUGUACCGCAUGCAGUUGCUGCACCAAGGUAUGGUACACACACACACACACACUCCUGCUUCCCAAUCUCACUUUCUGAGCUAUGAUGGAGAGGGUCGUAGAGAGUGCUUAUUGGUACAUUAUACUGAGGGAUUGAUCUAUUAUUGGAUAUGUAGGAUGACUUGCAGUGGUUUCUCUGGUCCCUGUUCCCUCCCAGGUCCAGAUAUGUUGUCUCUCUCUGGUCCCUGUUCCCUCCCAGGUCCAGAUAUGUUGUCUCUCUCUGGUCCCUGUUCCCUCCCAGGUCCAGAUAUGUUGUCUCUCUCUGGUCCCUGUUCCCUCCCAGGUCCAGAUAUGUUUGUCUCUCUCUGGUCCCUGUUCCCUCCCAGGUCCAGAUAUGUUGUCUCUCUCUGGUCCCUGUUCCCUCCCAGGUCCAGAUAUGUUGUCUCUCUCUGGUCCCUGUUCCCUCCCAGGUCCAGAUAUGUUGUCUCUCUGGUCCCUGUUCCCUCCCAGGUCCAGAUAUGUUGUCUCUCUGGUCCCUGUUCCCUCCCAGGUCCAGAUAUGUUGUCUCUCUCUGGUCCCUGUUCCCUCCCAGGUCCAGAUAUGUCCCUUUUAACCUCCCAGGUCCAGAUAUGUUGUCUCUCUCUGGUCCCUGUUCCCUCCCAGGUCCAGAUAUGUUGUCUCUCUCUGGUCCCUGUUCCCUCCCAGGUCCAGAUAUGUCCCUUUUCCCUCCCAGGUCCAGAUAUGUUGUCUCUCUCUGGUCCCUGUUCCCGUUUUGUAAGCAACAGUCAACAAUCAAGCGCUGAAGCAAAGCAACCCUUUCUCUCCCCUCUGAGCACAGUCACCUCACCUGCCUCUCUCUGUUUCUCUCCCCUCUGAGCACAGUCACCUCACCUGCCUCUCUCUGUUUCUCUCCCCUCUGAGCACAGUCACCUCACCUGCCUCUCUCUGUUUCUCUCCCCUCUGAGCACAGUCACCUCACCUGCCUCUCUCUGUUCCCCCCCCUCCCCCCAGGUCUGUCUACGUGUCACUUUGCGUGGGCGUUCCACUCGGAGGCUGAGGAGGAGAUGUUGAAUAUGAUCCCCGCCAUGCAGAGAGGAGACCCUCAGUGGUCUGAGCUACGGGCUGUAGGGGUGGGUUGGUGGACACGCAACAUCAACACACUACGCAGGAUGGUUGAGAAGGUAGGGGAAUGUGUGGCCUGAACUCCAAUCAUCCAUUGAUUGGUUUAUUGCAUUGAUUGGUAGGUUUUGAUUGUUUGAUUGAUUGAUCUCUGUGUGUGUGUAGGUGGGUAAAGCAGCGUUCCAGAGGAACAAUGAUCCUUUAGAUGCAGCUCUAUUCUACCUGGCCAUGAGGAAGAAGAAGGCUGUUCUCUGGGGUCUGUUCAGGUAACGCACAUCUGUAAAACACCUGGAGCUCUAGCCAGAUCCCAGAUCAGUUUGUGUUGUCUUACCUUUUUGUUUAGUUGUUCACCUCUUCUGCACUUUUUUUCUUUAAAAUCCACAUUUUAUGUUUACCCUUGUGUGUCAGAACACGAUUACAUUAAUCAUGUACAGUAGGUAAAUAAUGCAUAUUCUAUUCUCCUCCUCUCCUCUCCUCUCCUCUCCUCUCCUCUCCUCCUCCCCUCCUCCUCCUCCCUCUCCUCCUCUCCUCCUCCCUCUCCUCUCCUCUCCUCUUCCUCUCUCCUCUCCUCUCCUCUCCUCUUCUCUCCUCCUCUCCUCUAGGUCUCAGCGUGAUGAGAAGAUGACGGUGUUCUUUAAGAAUAACUUCAGUGAGGACCGCUGGCGUAAAGCAGCUCUGAAGAACGCUUUCUCUCUGUUGGGGAAACAGCGCUUUGAACAGGCUGCUGCCUUCUUCCUGCUGGCUGGCUCCCUGAAAGAUGCCAUCGAGGUCUGGAAACACCACACACACACACACAACACACACACACACACACACACACACACACACACACACACACACACACAGUCUGUUCCUAGUUUAGACCUACUUCAGCUGCACCUGUAUUGUGUCUGUCGUUGCGACACCAUCCUCGUCAUGGAAACCUGGCACAGACUAAUGUUUAUGGAAGUCAACUGGGAGGUGUGUCAAUGACAUGAGACUCUACAGCUGUGUGAGUGUGUGAAUGCUCUAGUCUAAACCUGAAAGAUAAGGUCGUGGGGAUGGUUAGCUACGUAAAUGUUGGGGUUACUUUACCUUGGGCUGAGGGUGCAACAGCACAGUCUCAACAUGCUGAUAGCAGGAGAAUGGGGUUCCUACUGGAAGUGUUUGGGGAUAGUUUACCAGACAGUCAUUUCAAAAGGGCGUCAUUGAGGAGAACACUAGAUCACACUUUCAUCAUUUUAGUCUGUCUUAGCCAUGAGUCUUUACUGUUUAGUCAGUUUUAGCAAAGAGUCUAAACCAGGAAACUGCCCCUAAAUUCAUCUAUGGUUGUCAGGUUUCUUAAUAAGUCUAUGUUCUAAACCAUGCACAUGCAGAACCUGCUUGAUGUGUGGACAGUGCCUUGUGUGGCAUCUCAGUGUUUUUCAUCUCCUCUAACUCUAAUCUAACUCUUACUUACUAGUCCUUUAUAUUCCUUACAGAACACAGCCCAACUCUAACUGUCCUCUACUCUCUAACUCUAGCUGUCCUCUACUCUAACUGUCCUCUACCCUCUAACUCUACUCUAACUCUAGCUGUCCUCUACUCUCUAACUCUAGCUGUUCUCUAUUCUAACUGUCCUCUACUCUAACUCUACUCUAACUCUAACUGUUACUUACUUACUAGGCCUUUGUAUUCCUUACGGAACAUAGGCCAACUCUAACUGUCCUCUACUCUAACUGUACUCAAACUCUGCUCUAUUCUAACUGUCCUCUACUCUAACUCUACUCUAACUCUAACUGUUACUUACUUACUAGGCCUUUGUAUUCCUUACGGAACAUAGGCCAACUCUAACUGUUCACUCUAACCUAGCUCCUCUACUUACUGUCCUCUCCCUACUCCUCUAACUCUAGCUGUCCUCUACUCUCAACUCUACUCUUCUCUAUUCUAACUGUCCUCUACUCUAACUCUACUCUAACUCUAACUGUUACUUACUUACUAGGCCUUUGUAUUCCUUACGGAACAUAGGCCUACUCUAACUGUCCUCUACCCUCUAACUCUAGCUGUCCUCUACUCUAGCUCUCCAUUACUUCUCUUCUAGGCUUUUUUUCCUUCCUACUCUAACUGUCCUCUACUCUAACUGUCCUCCUACUCUAGCUGUCCUCUACUCUAACUGUCCUCUAUUUUUCUAGGCUGUCCUUUCAAUACCUCUAAUUUCUACUCUAACUUCUCUACUCAAACUCUACUCUACUCAAACUGUCCUCUACUCUCUACUCUAGCUGUCCUCUACUCUAGCUGUCCUCUACUCUAGCUGUCCUCUACUCUAGCUGUCCUCUACUCUAACUGUCCUCUACUCUAACUCUACUCUAACUCUAACUCUACUCAAACUCUACUCUACUCAAACUGUCCUCUACUCUCUAACUCUAGCUGUCCUCUACUCUAGCUGUCCUCUACUCUAGCUGUCCUCUACUCUAACUCUACUCUAACUCUAACUCUACUCUAACUCUAACUCUACUCUACUCCAACUCUAACUAUACUGUAACUCAACUCUUAACUCUAACUGUCCUCCACUCUAACUGUACUCAACUUGAACUCUAACUGUACUCUACUCCAACUGUAACUGUACUCUACUCUAACUGUACUCUACUCUACUGUUACUCUUAACUCUACUCUUAACUCUAUUCUAACUCUACUGUUACUCUGCUCUAACUCCAACUCUAACUCUACUCUAUUAUACUCUACUCUUAACUCUUACUGUCCUCUACUCUAACUGUCCUCUGCUCUAACUGUACUCAACUUGAACUCUACUCUACUCUAACUGUACUCUACUCUAACUGUACUCUACUCUACUGUUACUCUUAACUCUACUCUUAACUCUACUCUUAACUCUACUCUUAACUCUACUCUAACUGUACUCAAACUCUGCUCUAUUCUAACUGUACUCUACUCUAACUCUACUCAAACUCUGUUCUAACUGUCCUCUACUCUAACUGUCCUCUACUCUAACUGUCCUCUACUCUAACUGUACUCUACUCUAACUGCACUCUACUCUAACUGUACUCUAUUAUAACUCUACUCUUAACUCUUACUGUCCUCUACUCUAACUGUCCUCUACUCUAACUGUCCUCUACUCUAACUGUCCUCUACUCUAACUGUACUCUACUCUAACUGCACUCUACUCUAACUGUACUCUAUUAUAACUCUACUCUUAACUCUUACUGUCCUCUACUCUAACUGUAUUCAACUUGAACUCUAACUGUCCUCUACUCCAACUCUAACUGUACUCUACUCUAACUGUACUCUGCUCUAACUCCAACUCUAACUCUACCCUACUGUAACUCUACUCUUAACUCUUACUGUCCUCUACUCUAACUGUCCUCUACUCUAACUGUCCUCUACUCUAACUGUCCUCCACUCUAACUGUCCUCCACUCUAACUGUCCUCCACUCUAACUUUACUCAACUUGAACUCUACUCUACUCUAACUGUACUCAACUUGAACUCUAACUGUACUCUACUCGAACUCUAACUGUACUCUACUCCAACUCUAACUGUACUCUACUCUACUGUUACUCUUUACUCUACUCUAACUCUACUCUAACUCCACUCUACUGUAACUCUACUCUUAACUCUAACUGUACUCUACUCUAACAGUACUCUACUCUAACUGUCCUCUACUCCCUCCAACUCUAAUUCUAACUCUACUCUAACACUACUGUAAAUUUGCUCUAUCUCUACUCUACUCUAACUGUCCUCUACUCUCUAACUCUAGCUGUCCUCUAUUCUAACUGUCCUCUACUGUAACUCUACUUUAACUCUAACUGUUACUUACUUACUAGGCCUUUGUAGUCCUUAUGGAACAUAGGCCAACUCUAACUGUCCUCUACUCUAACUGUCCUCUACUCUAACUCUACUCAAACUCUGCUCUACUCUAACUGUCCUCUACUCUAACUCUACUCAAACUCUGCUCUAUUCUAACUAUCCUCUACCCUAACUCUACUCAAACUCUGCUCUAUUCUAACUGUCCUCUACUCUAACUCUACUCAAACUCUGCUCUACUCUAACUGUCCUCUACUCUAACUCUACUCAAACUCUGCUCUAUUCUAACUGUCCUCUACUCUAACUCUGCUCUAUUCUAACUGUCCUCUUCCCUAACUCUACUCAAACUCUACUCUAACUGUCCUCUACUCUAACUCUACUCAAACUCUGCUCUAUUCUAACUGUCCUCUACUCUAACUCUACUCUACUCUACUCUAAUUGUACUCUACUCUACUCUAACCGUUACUCUAACUCUACUCUACUGUAACUCUUAACUCUACUCUAACUCUAACUCCAACUGUCCCCCUCUCCUCUCUAGGUGUGCUUGGAGAAGAUGGAAGAUAUCCAGUUGGCCAUGGUAGUAGCCAGGCUGUACGAGGCUGACUAUGAGAGCAGUUCCACCUGCCAAGCCAUCCUGUAUGAGAAGGUUUUGGGCUGCCAGAGGGACGGGUCGGGGUACCACUGCACCAAACUGCACCCGGACCCGUUCCUACGCAGCAUAGCCUUCUGGAUCAUGAAGGACUACACCAAGGCCUUGGACACGCUGCUAGAGUGCAUCCCCAAAGAGGACGAUGAGAACCCUGGUGAGAGCAGCAUGGUGGUAGAUCACACACUCAGAGGGGGCAGGGAUGUUUCAGCCUAGCGCUGAUGCUAUAUUCUAACUGGAUUGCAUUGACCUCUCUCUACCUCUUACUCUCUUUCUUUCUUUCUUUCUCUCUCCAUGUCUCCCUCUCCUCUCCCCCUCCCUCCCUCCUCUAUCCCUCUCUAUCCCCCCCCAGAUGUGAUGGUGAAGUCGUGUAACCCGGUGGUGUUUAGUUUCUAUAACUACUUGAGGACACACCCCCUGAUCAUCCGCCGCCACUACGCGUCCCCUGAGGGUGCUGUGACAUCAUCACUAGGCCUCACCUCGGAGAAGAGCAGCGUCGACGAGAUCAACCUCAUCGAACGCAAACUCUUCUUCACCACCGCCAACGCACACUUCAAGGUCUUUGAUUUGUUUUAAUCAAUCAUUUAAAAACUCAAUUCAACCACACGUGGCUACAAUGCAUUUAGAAGCAUCGAAGAUAACACAAGAAAGUUGACGAUUUAAAAAACUAGAUUGUACUAUACCUGUUGUAUAGUACUUAUUGUAAGGUGUAAUGAGGCACGGCAUUAAAAACAGUAGUCAUGGUGUACUAUCAGUAUUUUAAGAUUAGUAUCAUUUUUUAUCUCACUUUUAUAAGUAAAGGAUAAGUUAAUGAAUAUAAAAGUAAUGUUACUAAUAAGGAGAUGGAUUGGGGGUAAGGCCCUGCGAUAGACUACUGUCCUGUCCAGGGGGUGUACUGGUACAUCAAGCUGCCUCACGCUACAGAAACAGGAGAUAGACUACUGUCCUGUCCAGGGGGUGUACUGUACAUCAAGCUGCCUCACGCUACAGAAACAGCAGAUAGACUACUGUCCUGUCCAGGGGGUGUACUGGUACAUCAAGCUGCCUCACGCUACAGAAACAGGAGAUAGACUACUGUCCUGUCCAGGGGGUGUACUGUACAUCAAGCUGCCUCACGCUACAGAAACAGCAGAUAGACUACUGUCCUGUCCAGGGGGUGUACCGGUACAUCAAGCUGCCUCACGCUACAGAAACAGGAGAUAGACUACUGUCCUGUCCAGGGGGUGUACUUGUACAUCAAGCUGCCUCACGCUACAGAUACAGGAGAUAGACUACUGUCCUGUCCAGGGGGUGUACUGGUACAUCAAGCUGCCUCACGCUACAGAAACAGGAGAUAGACUACUGUCCUGUCCAGGGGGUGUACUGGUACAUCAAGCUGCCUCACGCUACAGAAACAGAAGAUAGACUACUGUCCUGUCCAGGGGGUGUACUUGUACAUCAAGCUGCCUCACGCUACAGAAACAGGAGAUAGACUACUGUCCUGUCCAGGGGGUGUACUUGUACAUCAAGCUGCCUCACGCUACAGAAAUAGGAGAUAGACUACUGUCCUGUCCAGGGGGUGUACUUGUACAUCAAGCUGCCUCACGCUACAGAAACAGGAGAUAGACUACUGUCCUGUCCAGGGGGUGUACUUGUACAUCAAGCUGCCUCACGCUACAGAAACAGGAGAUAGACUACUGUCCUGUCCAGGGGGUGUACUUGUACAUCAAGCUGCCUCACGCUACAGAAACAGGAGAUAGACUACUGUCCUGUCCAGGGGGUUGUACUUGUACAUCAAGCUGCCUCACGCUACAGAAACAGGAGAUAGACUACUGUCCUGUCCAGGGGGUGUACUUGUACAUCAAGCUGCCUCACGCUACAGAAACAGGAGAUAGACUACUGUCCUGUCCAGGGGGUGUAGUUGUACAUCAAGCUGCCUCACACUACAGAAACAGGAGAUAGACUACUGUCCUGUCCAGGGGGUGUACUUGUACAUCAAGCUGCCUCACGCUACAGAAACAGGAGAUAGACUACUGUCCUGUCCAGGGGGUGUAGUUGUACAUCAAGCUGCCUCACGCUACAGAAAUAGGAGAGAGAGAGCAACGGCUUGUGAAAGGCUACUUACUAAUGUUACUAAUAGUGAUUAUUCUGUUUUCUAAUAAAGGUGGGCUGUCCAGUGCUUGCCCUGGAGGUGCUCUCCAAGAUCCCCAAGGUGACCAAGAAGUCAGUCUCCUCGUCCCCCCUGAGUAAAGGCUCUUCCAUGGCCAACGUCAGCUCCAGCCUGCCCCUGGAGAAUGGGAACCAGGGGGACCUGGACUGGGCCUCUCCUGCCCCAGUUAAGGCCACUCCUGCCUGGGGUACAGAGGAGAGCUCAGCCACACUGGACUGGAGCCAGCCUCUGGUCAAAGUGGAGGACGAUGGACUGCAGCUGGACUGGGGAGAUGAUAAGAAGGAUGAAGAUGAUGAUGAUGAUGGUGGUGGUCUGACAAUGAAGAAGACUGAGGUGGAGACCAAAGAUGACAAGGGAUCUGGGGGGGUGAGACCACCUGGGCUGCAGAGAGCGGACUCUCAGGUAGGGCUGGCAACAAUAUAAGCAACAGUCAAUAUUAUCAAUAGUCAAUAUAAUUGAUUGUUGAGAUUACUUUAAAAGAAAAGGAAGUUGAUACGUCAGCUUUGUGAGUCUAAGUGAUACUGGAAAAAGCAGUGUGUGGGUUUUCCUUGUCUGUUAAGAUAUCAAAAAAGAAAAUUACGCUUUUUUUAACACGAUAAUGAAUUUUCUUGUUUAUUGAAAAUAUCUAAUGUAUUAGUCUAAUUUAAAAUAUUGGUUUUUCUGUGAGAAAAUUAUACAGGUAUGAUACUGUUAAUAUAGAGUUAUUAUGACAGUAAUUGAGUGAUAGAUAUUUCCAUAACCAUCUCUGCUCUCAGGGUGAGUCUGAGGUGGAUGUGAUCGCAGAGCAGCUGAAGUUCCGCGCUUGUCUGAAGAUUCUGAUGACCGAGCUACGUACGCUAGCUACGGGCUAUGAGGUGGACGGAGGGAAGCUGCGCUUUCAGCUCUACAGCUGGUUAGAGAAGGAGAUAGGAGCCAUGCACCGCAUCUGCAACUACAAGGUACUCACACACACACCGCAUCUGCAACUACAAGGUACACACACACACACCGCAUCUGCAACUACAAGGUACACAGCUCCCCUUUAAAGGACACUCAGAGGGUUGCACAUUUCUGGUAACUUUCCCAAAAUGUCAGUUUACUUCCUGAAUUGACUGGAUUUAAAUGUAAUUGACCCCAACCAUGACACCUACUAGAGCCUAACCACCAACUCCUCAUCAGCCAUACUAUACCAGAAGUGCAUUGAGUUGAAUUGAAAACUGUAUUUACUUUAACUGCUACUGCUACCAUAAACAUCUUAAAGAUCUUACCUUAAUAAAACCCGCUAUCCUUUUCUCUUCUUCAGGUGUUGGGGAAGGAGGAGAGCCAGGAGGUGGAGAGAUGGGAGGAUGGAGGAGGAGUAGAGGACGUGUUUGAGGAGUCCCUGGGGGGUGGCGGGGGUACAGAGACGGGGGCGUAUGAGCGCCACCAGAUGGAGCGCAGGCGUCUUGCGGCCAAGCAGCUUCAUGCUGAGAGGAGGAAGGCGUGGCUGAGGAAGAACCAGGCUCUGCUCCGGGUCUUCCUGUCCUACUGCAGCCUGCACGGGGCCAAGGGAGGGGGGGUCACCUCUGUACGCAUGGAGCUCAUCUUCCUGCUCCAGGAGAGCCAACAGGUAGGUGCUGAAGACACACACACACACACACACACAGGUCAGAUACAUGCUCUCUCCUCUCUCUCUCUGUCUCGCUCUCUCUCUCUCUGUCUCACUCCCUCUCCUCUCUCUGUCUCUCUCUGUCUCUCUCUCCUCUCUCAAUUCAAUUCAAUUCAAUUUCAAUGUAAGGGCUUUAUUGGCAUGGGAAACGUGUGUUAACAUUGCCAAAGCAAGUGAAGUAGAUAGUAAACAAAAGUGAAAUAAACAAUAAAUAUUAACAGUAAACAUUACACUCAGAAGUUUCAAAAGAAAAAAUACAUUUCAAAUGUCAUAUUAUGUAUAUAUACAGUGUUGUAACAAUGUGCAAAUAGUUAAAGUACAAAUGGGAAAAUAAAUAAACAUAACUAUGGGUUGUAUUUACAAUCGUGCUUGUUCUUCACUGGUUGCCCUUUUCUUGUGGCAACAGGUCACAAAUCUUGCAGCUGUUAUGGCACACUGUGGUUUUUCACCCAGUAGAUAAGGGAGUUUAUCAAAAUUGGGUUUGUUUUCGAAUUCUUUGUGGAUCGCUGUAAUCUGAGGGAAAUAUGUGUCUCUAAUAUGGUCAUAAAUGGAGGAGGUAUGGCAGGAGGUUAGGAAGUGCAGCUCAGUUUCCACCUCAUUUUGUGGGCAGUGUGCACAUAGCCUGUCUUCUCUUGAGAAGGUAUUCUGCCACUGUGUACUCUCUGUUUAGGGCCAAAUAGCAUUCUAGUUUGUUCUUUCCAAUGUGUCAAGUAAUUCUCUUUUUGUUUUCUCAUGAUUUGGUUGGGUCUAGUUGUGUUGUUGUUGUCCUUGGGCUGUGUGGGGUCUGUUUGUGUUUGUGAACAGAGCCCCAGGACAAGCUUACUUAGGGUACUCUUCUCCAAGUUCAUCUCUCUGUAGGUGAUGGCUUUGUUAUGGAAGGUUUGGGAAUCGCUUCCUUUUAAGUGGUUAUAGAAUUUAAUGGCUCUUUUCUGGAUUUUGAUAAUUAGCGGGUAUUGGCCUAAUUCUGCUCUGCAUGCAUUAUUUGGUGUUUUACGUUGUACACGGAGGAUGUUUUUGCAGAAUUCUGCAUGCAGAGGCUCAAUUUGGUGUUUGUCCCAUUUUGUGAAUUCUUGGUUGGUGAGCGGACCCCAGACCUCAGAACCAUAAAGGGCAAUGGGUUCUAUAACUGAUUCAAGUAUUUUUAGCCAGAUCCUAAUUGGUAUGUCAAAUUUUAUGUUCCUUUUGAUGGCAUAGAAGGCCCUUCUUGCCUUGUCUCUCAGAUCGUUCACAGCUUUGUGGAAGUUACCUGUGGUGCUGAUGUUUAGGCCGAGGUAUGUAUAGUUUUUUGUGUGCUAUAGGGUAACGGUGUCUAGAUGGAAUUUGUAUUUGUGGUCCUGGCAACUGGACCUUUUUUGGAACACCAUUAUUUUAGUCUUACUGAGAUUUACUGUCAGGGCCCAGUUCUGACAGAAUCUGUGCAGAAGAUCUAGGUGCUGCUGUAGGCCCUCCUUGGUUGGUGACAGAAGCACCAGAUCAUCAGCAAACAGAAGACAUUUGACUUCAGAUUCUAGUAGGGUGAGGCCGGGUGCUGCAGACUGUUCUAGUGCCCUUGCCAAUUCGUUUAUAUAUAUAUAUAUAUAUACAGUGGGGGAAAAAAGUAUUUAGUCAGCCACCAAUUGUGCAAGUUCUCCCACUUAAAAAGAUGAGAGAGGCCUGUAAUUUUCAUCAUAGGUACACGUCAACUAUGACAGACAAAAUGAGAAAAACAAUUCCAGAAAAUCACAUUGUAGGAAUUUUAAUGAAUUUAUUAGCAAAUUAUUGUGGAAAAUAAGUAUUUGGUCAAUAACAAAAGUUUCUCAAUACUUUGUAAUAUACCCUUUGUUGGCAAUGACACAGGUCAAACGUUUUCUGUAAGUCUUCACAAGGUUUACACACACUGUUGCUGGUAUUUUGGCCCAUUCCUCCAUGCAGAUCUCCUCUAGAGCAGUGAUGUUUUGGGGCUGUCGCUGGGCAACACGGACUUUCAACUCCCUCCAAAGAUUUUCUAUGGGGUUGAGAUCUGGAGACUGGCUAGGCCACUCCAGGACCUUGAAAUGCUUCUUACGAAGCCACUCCUUCGUUGCCCGGGCGGUGUGUUUGGGAUCAUUGUCAUGCUGAAAGACCCAGCCACGUUUCAUCUUCAAUGCCAUGCUGAUGGAAGGAGGUUUUCACUCAAAAUCUCAUGAUACAUGGCCCCAUUCAUUCUUUCCUUUACACGGAUCAGUCGUCCUGGUCCCUUUGCAGAAAAACAGCCCCAAAGCAUGAUGUUUCCACCCCUAUGCUUCACAGUAGGUAUGGUGUUCUUUGGAUGCAGCUCAGCAUUCUUUGUCCUCCAAACACGACGAGUUGAGUUUUUACCAAAAAGUUAUAUUUUGGUUUCAUCUGACCAUAUGACAUUCUCCCAAUCCUCUUCUGGAUCAUCCAAAUGCACUCUAGCAAACUUCAGACGGGCCUGGACUUGUACUGGCUUAAGCAGGGGGACACGUCUUGCACUGCAGGAUUUGAGUCCCUGGCGGCGUAGUGUGUUACUGAUGGUAGGCUUCGUUACUUUGGUUCCAGCUCUCUGCAGGUCAUUCACUAGGUCCCCCCGUGUGGUCCUGGGAUUUUUGCUCACCGUUCUUGUGAUCAUUUUGACCCCACAGGGUGAGAUCUUGCGUGGAGCCCCAGAUCGAGGGAGAUUAUCAGUGGUCUUGUAUGUCUUCCAUUUCUUAAUAAUUGCUCCCACAGUUGAUUUCUUCAAACCAAGCUGCUUACCUAUUGCAGAUUCAGUCUUCCCAGCCUGGUGAAGGUCUACAAUUUUGUUUCUGGUGUCCUUUGACAGCUCUUUGGUCUUGGCCAUAGUGGAGUUUGGAGUGUGACUGUUUGAGGUUGUGGACAGGUGUCUUUUAUACUGAUAACAAGUUCAAACAGGUGCCAUUAAUACAGGUAACGAGUGGAGGACAGAGGAGCCUCUUAAAGAAGAAGUUACAGGUCUGUGAGAGCCAGAAAUCUUGCUUGUUUGUAGGUGACCAAAUACUUAUUUUCCACCAUAAUUUGCAAAAAAAAUCAUUAAAAAUCCUACAAUGUGAUUUUCUGGAAUUGUUUUUCUCAAUUUGUCUGUCAUAGUUGACGUGUACCUAUGAUGAAAAUUACAGGCCUCUCUCAUCUUUUUAAGUGGGAGAACUUGCACAAUUGGUGGCUGACUAAAUACUUUUUUUCCCCACUGUAUAUAUAUCUCUCUCGCUCUCGCUCUCACCUCUCUUUCUCUCACUCUCUGUCUCUCUCUCUCUCUCUCUGUCUCUCUCUCUCUCUCCCUCUCUCUCUCCGUAUCACCUCUGAUAUAUUCUUGCUGUUCUCUUCUUUUUUUCUCCUCCUCCAGGAGACUACAGUAAAACAGCUCCAGUCCCCCCUGCCCCUCCCCACCACCCUCCCCCUCCUCUCAGCCAGUAUCGCCACCACCAAGACGGUGAUCUCCAACCCUGUCCUCCACCUCAGCAACCACAUCCAUGACAUCCUCCACACCAUCACACAUAUGGAGCUGCCGCCACACCCUGAACUCAUGGACGACAGGGUAUGUAUGGUUCAGUGUCUGUGUGUGGGGGGGGACUUUGCCAGCAGGAUGCUGUAUGUUUGUGCCUCCAUGAUUGAGAUGAGUGUAAUGUAUGUCUCUCUCUCCUCUCCAGGUUAACCUUCUACACACCCUGGCUGCCUCUCUGUCUGCCUGCAUCUAUCAAGCCCUGUGUGACAGCCAUAGCUACAGGUACACACACAACACACACACACACACAACACACACACGUUUUGAUGACCUAUAGUUUGAUUUCAUACUGCCAUUUCCAGUUGAGAUUAAUUUGAAUGACUGUCUGAUCCUGCCUUUGCUCUUUCCCAUGGUGCCUUGCAGCAGCCAGGCAGAGGCCAAUCAGUUUACAGGGAUGGUGUACCAGGGUCUACUGCUGAGUGAGAGGAGACGGUUACGCACCGAGAGCAUAGAGGAGCAUGCUACACCCACCUCUGCCCCAGCGCAGUGGCCAGGUACACACACACACACACACACACACACACACACACACACACACACACACACACACACACACAGCUCUGCCAGUCACAGUAAAUUAAUGUCUAUCUAACCAUUGUCUGAGCAGACAGCCGAAUGGACAACAUGACUGCUAUGUUUGCUGAAUCUCUCAAGAGGUAGGGGAAGGGGAGGGAGACCGUGAGAGAGAGAGAGAGUGUGAGAGAGAGAGCGUGAGAGACAGAGCAUAAGAGCGAGAGCGAGAGAGAGAGAGCGAGAGAGAGAGAAAGGACAGAAAGAGAGAGAACAAAGAUAAUUGAAUUGAGAGAGCAGGCAGUGAGAGAGGACUGAUAGAGAGAGAGAGAGAGAGAGAGAGAGAAACACAGAGAUGGAGGACUGACAGAGAGAGAGAUACAGAGAGGACUGACAGAGAGAGAGAUGCAGAGAGAGACAGAGACGACUGACAGAGAGACGACUAACAGAGAGACAGAGAGAGAGAAACAGAUGGUAGUCAGUAAUUAGAGCUCUGUAGCCUGUGGGGAAUAAAACAGAAGGAGAUGUGGGGAUGGAUGGAUGUGUCACGCCAUCUCUCCACUGUUAAUAUGUAGCGGGAAUCUUAUUACAGCACAAGUCUAAUGCGUUUCUGCAAUACAUAACUCCUAAUAAUAUCACGAUAAUAUCAUUAGAUCAGUCCAAUGCUGUUCUGUGUUGUGCAAAGACACUAUAUUUAUUAAAGCCUUCAUUUUACAAAUCAGGAGUGUGUUCUGUAAAAUGUAAUUAAUUCAAACGUAUUAUAUGAAUGUCUCUCUGUCUAUUCUACCUCUAUCUCUCUACCUCUCUCGCUCUCCUCUCUCUACCUCUCUCGCUCUCCUCUCUCUACCUCUCUCGCUCUCCUCUCUCUACCUCUCUCGCUCUCCUCUCUCUACCUCUCUCGCUCUCCUCUCUCUACCUCUCUCUACCUCUCCUCUCUCUCUCUCUCUCUCUCGCUCCCUCUCUCUCUCUCCCUCUCUCUCUCUCUCGCUCUCCUCGCUCUAAACCUCUCUCUCAUCUUCUCUGUAUAACCGCUCUCUCUCACUCUCUCUCUCUCUCUCUCACUCUCUCUCUGUCCUCCCCAUCUCUCUCUCUCGCUCUUGCUCUCUGUCCUCCCCAUCUCUCUCUCCUCAUCUACCUACUUCUCUCGUCUUCCACUCUUCUCCUCUCCUCUCUUCUCUGUCUCCCUACUCUCCUCCUCUCUCUAUCUCCUCCUCCUCUUCUCCCUCUCUCUCUCUUCCUCCAUCUCUCUCUCUCCUCUCCCCUCUCUCUCUUCUCUCUCUCUUCCUCUCUCUGUCCUCCCAUCUCUCUCUCUCCUCUCUCUACCUCUCUCUCGCUCUCUCUCUCUGUCCUCCCCCUCUCUCUCCUCUCUCUCUCUACCUCUCUUCUCGUCUCUCCUCUCUGAUCCUUCCAUCUCUUCUCUCCUCUCUCUCCCCUCUCUCUCCUACUCUCUCUCUGUUCUCACCAUCUUGCUCCCCCUCCACUCUACCUCUUCUCCUUCUCGCAUCUUCUGUCCUGUCCUCCCCAUCUCUCUCUAUACUCUCUCUACUCUCUCUCGUCCUAUCCUCCUCAUCUCUUCUCUCUCUCGCUCGAGCUAGGUCCAUGCCUCCAAGAUCUUCUAGAGAUCUAUCGUCUAGCCUACAUCGCUCUAAUAGGAUCAUACUAUCUCUACCUCUCUCUCACUCUCUCUCUGUCCUCCCCAUCUCUCUCUCCUCUCUCACUCUCUCUCUCUCUCUCUCUCUGUCUUCUCCAUCUCUCUCUCCCCUUUCUCUGUUUUUGUCUUUCUCUCUCCCCCCUCCUCUAGGUGUGUCCUCUCUGAUUGCUCUGGUCCAGUCAGCCCAGAGUGAGGACCAGCCCAAGCUCAACGUGUUGCUGUGUGAGGCGGUGGUGGCGGUUUACCUGUCCCUGCUCAUCCACGGGCUGGGCACGCACGCUGGCAACGAGCUGUUCCGCCUCGCCGCUCACCCCCUCAGCAACAAGAUGUGGGCGGCCGUGUUUGGGGGCGGGGCUAAAAUCAUAAUCAAACCCAAACGGAACGCCGAGGUCACUCCAGGUAAACUUAGUAGACCCCUCGGCUUGUAACCCCAGAGCUACUCUCUCUACCUCUCUCUUCCUCUCUACCUCUCUCCUCUACCCCUUCGUUUAUCCUUUGUGUUCUAUCCUCUGUUUUCUGUCUCCCCUCAUCUCUCUCCACUGUCCUCUCUGUCCCCUGUUGUAACAUUCUACUUGACCUUUUACCUUGACCUCUCUCUCUCACUCUCUUCCCUACUCCCCCUCUCUCCCUCGUUUCACCCCCCUUUUUUCCACUCAUGCCUGAGGCUGUGAGAUCAGACGCAAGCCCCUCCUCCCUCCCAUGUCUAUUCAGGUAUACAUAACUCAUCCUUCCCUCUCCCCACUCCCCUCUCCACUGUGCCAGCUGAUUUUGAGGCAGGUAGUCCUGAGCAGGGUCCUACCUCCACCCCCAGUGUCACCCAGCCCCCCCACACUGAUACAGGGGACACAGCAGCACCCAGCUGUGAGUAGCAUAGUUCCAGUGGGUUUGCAGUGCUGGGGUGCAGUGAUAGACUACAGAGUUGGUUUUGCAGAGUGAGUUCUUGUCGUGGUAAUUUGCGGUGCUGAAGCUGUAUUGCAGUGCAGUAAAUGCAGCUGAUGUGGUUUUCCCCACUGUGUGUGUUCCUCAGAAAGUUAGCUAGUCUUUUCUGCAGGGAUACUAUUCAUUAAAACUUCAUGGUUGUGUGUGUGUGUGUGUGUGCAGGUGUGUGUGUGUGUGUGUGUGUGCAGGGGUGUGUGUGUGUGCAGGGGUGUGUGUGUGUGUGGGAGGGGUGUGUGUGUGUGUGCAGGGGUGUGUGGUGUGGGCAGUGUGGUGGGUGUGUGUGUGUGCGGGGGGUGUGUUGUGUGAGGGGUGUGUUUGUGUGUGGUGGUGGUGUGUGUGGGGUUUGUGUGUGUGCAGGGUGUGUGUGUGUGCAGGGGGUGUGUGUGUGAGUGUUGGUGUGUGUAGGUGUGUGUGCAGGGUGUGGGGGUUGUGUGUGUGGUUGUGUGUGUGCAGUGUGGUGUGUUGUGUGUGUGUGUGUGUGUGUGCAGGGGUGUGUGUGUGUGUGUGUGCAGGGGUGUGUGUGUGUGCAGGGGUGUGUGUGCAGGGGUGUGUGUGCAGGGGGUGUGUGUGUGCAGGCGUGUGUGUGUGCAGGUUUUUGUGUGUGUGUGUGUGCAGGUUUGUGUGUGUGUGUGCAGGUGUGUGUGUGUGCAGGUGUGUGUGCAGGUGUGUGUGUUGUGUGCAGGUGUGUGUGUUUUUCUUCUCAUCUCAUUGUGUCAUCCCUGUCUGUCUGUCUGUCUGUCACCAUAGCAGCAGCAGCAGCAGCAGGUAAAGCUAGAACGGACUCGUCAUCGUCAGUGACCUCUGAACCUGACUCAGGGACUAAGGCUAAAUCAGGUACUCACUGUGCUUUAGGCCUGGGUUAACUAACAGUGCAUUUCCACUUAACACGAAAAUGUGGGUUGCCGUGCUAGCUUCGUCCUCAUGUGGGUGCUAGCAAGCACGUUAGGUAGUGCUAGGUAUCAACAGCCAAUCCAGUAGGGGGUGGAAGCUAUAGUGAACUUCGAUUGGUCAAUAGCGUUGGUAUAUUGCAGAGUAUUUGCAUAAAGUUCAGCUUUCUCCAACUUUAUUCCUGCCCUGUUCAUGCUCCCUGGCCCAACGGUCCCCCCGCCCACUUCACUUCCCUACAUUGAAAAUGAAUGGGGCAUCGUUGUUUCAUCGCCCCCAUUGUGUUAUGUGGAAAUGCACUGUAAGGUUUAACCAGGUACUCACUGUGCUUCAGGCCUGGGUUAACUAAAGCUGAACCAGGUACACUCACUGGGCUAUAGGUCUGCCUUAACUAAGGGUAAACCAUGUAAACUCACUGGGCUAUAGGUCUGCCUUAACUAAGGCUAAACCAGGUAAACUCACUGGGCUAUAGGUCUGCCUUAACUAAGUCUAAACCAGGUACACUAACUGGGCUGUAACUAAGGUGGAUACAUAGUAAACGUGGUAUUACACCUUUAUUAUGGUAGUUAGGAUGUGAUUGUGGUAUUGUUGUUAGGUGCCUUUAAAUAUUUUAUUUAAAUAGUUGGUAAUAUUGUGCACUUAGAGGAACUAAGGCUAAACCAGGUAAACUCACUGGGCUAUAGGUCUGCCUUAACUAAGUCUAAACCAGGUACAUUAACUGGGCUAUAGGUCUGCCUUAACUAAGGCUAAACCAGGUACACUCACUGGGCUAUAGGUCUGCCUUAACUAAGGCUAAACCAGGUACACUAACUGGGCUAUAGGUCUGCCUUAACUAAGGCUAAACCAGGUACACUAACUGGGCUCUAUAGUAAUGUUUGGAUCAGAAUUAAUGGUUCCUAUGUGUUUGAUUCCAUUCCAUUAACUCCAUUCCAGCCAUUAUUAUGAGUCGUCCUCCUCUCACCAGCCUCCACUGCCUGGGUGAUCUAGUGUGGAGCAGGAGUAACCGGGAUGGUGUACUAUAGUAACUGUGUUGUUCCCUCCAUUAGCAUGUGAUUGUGGUAUUGUAGUUGGGUGCCUUGAAAUAGUUUGUGUGCUUCAACAUAUUUAUUAUUAUUCACUAGAUGUGGUGGUAGACAAAAAACAAAUUCUGAACGUUAGUGCUUCUGAAUACUAUUUUGGAAACAACCUGCAGUGAUCAGACAUUAUUAGUAGAUUGUGUCAAAUAGAUAGAUAUGCUUUUGUGUUCACAUUUAGACUUUUCUUUGAAGCCAAGUGUUCUUUCAGGAUGUGGGUGAAAGGGGGAGGAGUGGAGAAGUGUGGAGGGGAGAAGAGAAGAGAGACUGAUAGAGGAGAGGAGAGGAGGAAGAGAGGCUGGUAGAGGAGAGGAGAGGAGGAAGAGAGGCUGGUAGAGGAGAGGAGAGGAGGAAGAGAGGCUGGUAGAGGAGAGGAGAGGGAGGAAGAGGAAGAGGCUGGAGAGGAGAGGAAGAAGAGAGGCUGGUAGAGGAGAGGAGGAAGAGAGGCUGGGUAGAGGAGAGGAGAGGGAAGAGAGGCUGGUAGAGGAGAGGAGAGGAGGAAGAGAGGCUGGGUAGAGGAGAGGAGAGGAGGAAGAGAGGCUGGUAGAGGAGAGGAGAGGGAGGAGGGAGGAAGAGAGGUGGUGGGAGAGGAAGAGGAGAGGAGGAAGAGAGGCUGGGAGGGGAGAGGAGAGGGGGAAGAGGGGGGGGGAGAGGGAGAGGAGAGGAGGAGGAAGAAGAGAGUCUGGGAGAGGAGGAAGAGAGGCUGGUAGAGGAGAGGAGGAAGAGAGGCAGAGGAGAGGAGGAAGAGAGGCUGGUAGAGGAGAGGCGGAAGAGAGGCUAGGAGAGGAGAGGAGGAGAGAGGCUGGUAGAGGAGAGGAGGAAGAGAGGCUGGGAGAGGAGAGGAGAGGAAGAGGGUCUGGGAGAGGAGAGGAGGAAGAGAGGCUGGUAGAGGAGAGGAGAGGAGGAAGAGAGGCUGGUAGAGGAGAGGAGAGGAGGAAGAGAGGAGGGGUAGAGGAGAGGAGAGGAGGAAGAGAGGCUGGGAGAGGAAAGGAGGAAGAGAGGCUGCGUAGAGGAGAGGAGAGGAGGAAGAGAGGCUGGUAGAGAGAGGAGAGGAGGAGAGAGGCUGGAGAGAGAGGAAGAGAAGGAGGCUGGUAGAGGAGAGGAAGGAGGAAGAGAGGCUGGGAGAGGAGAAAGGAGAGGAGGAAGAGAGGUGGUAGAGGAGAGGGAGAAAGGAGGAAGAGGGAGGGGCGGAGGAAAGGAGGAGAGGAGAGCGAAGGAGAGAAAGGAGAGGCGAGGAAGGAGGAGAAGAGAGGUGGUAGAGGAGAGGAGGGAAGAGAGGCUGGUAGAGAGGGAGGAAAAAGAGGUGGUAGAGGAGCAGGGGAGGGGGAGGAAGAGAGGCUGGGAGAGGAAAGAGAAGAGAGGCUGGUAAGAGGAGGGAGAGAGGAGAGAGGUGGUAGAGGAGAGGAGGAAGAGAGGCUGGUUAGAGGAGGCGAGGAGAGAGCUGUGAGGAUGGAAGGGAGGUGGCGAGGAGGGUAGAGAGCGGAGAGGGAGAGGAGGAAGGAGCUGAUUAGAGGAGAGGAGAGGAGGAAGAGAGCUGGUAGAGGAGAGGAGGAAGAGGUGGGUGAGGUGGAGAGACGAGGAGGAAGAUGAGGCUGUAGAGGAAGGAGAGGAGGGGGAAGACGAGGUUUGGGAGAGGAGAGGAGGGAAGAGAGAGGCUGGUGAGAGGAGAGGAGGAAAGAGAGGUCGGGUUAGAGGAAGGAGAGGACGGGAAGAGAGGCAUGGGGUAGAGGAGAGGAGAGGAAGAGAGGCUGGAGAGGAGAGGAGAGGAGGAAGAGAGGCUGGUAGAGGAGAGGAUGUGGAGAGGAUAGAACAGAGGAGGAGAGAGUGCGGUACAAGGAGAGUGAGAGGAAAGUGGCUUUUAAGAAGUAGAGUUGAAGAAAUCAACUGUUAAUAACCAAAAGUGUGCUACCUGUUGCCCACUCAAAGCCUUAACCAGCAGACGAUAUAUUAGAAGGACGUAAACCAUCACAACGUCCUCCUUGUUUGUUACAUGAUAUAGUAUUAGAGGUAUGGCUUUAUGUUGAUUGACGUGGUGUGUGUUGUACGUUCGUGUUUGUGUGUCUUGUGUGUGUGUGUGUGUGUGAUGUACGUUCGUGUUUGUGUGUCGUGUGUGUGCGUCUUACGCUGUUGUAUUCAUUUGUCUCUUGUCUCAGUGGUUCCAGAGAUAGUCACUCAGGAUAACGGUCCAGGUUUGUGUAAAACCGUGUGUGUCCUGUAUCUGUCGUGUCCACUCUCCUCUGUGUGUGUUUCUGUGUCUCUCCAUGUCUUGAGCCCAGAGUUUACCAUAACCAUGUGACCUGACCAGGAAGACGAUGGGCCCUAAUGCUAACACAAAUGCUGUGCAGGGUUGCUGGAGUCAGUAAUCAAUUCAGUCAAUUCAGUUUAUUUCCUGAAUUGAAAUGAAAUUGAGCCUAAACCCUGGUGCUGUGCCUUCCUCCUGUACCCCCGAACCUCUCCUGGGCUCUACGAGGUGAUGAAGACGAUGAUGAGUGAUCAACUCCUCUUCAUCUCUUACAAGGCAGCAGUCAUGGAAAAAUGUUUCUAUAAAAAAAACUGCAAUGUACUAACAAUCUCUCCACCUCCUCCUCUCCCACACCCACCAUCCCCUCCUCCCCUAGCCGUGCCGGCCCUUCCCCCGGCAGAGGAUGUGGACAGACUCAGACGGAGGUUUAAUAUGAGGAUGCUGGUUCCUGGUCGUCCAGUAAAGGAGGUCCCUGCCACCCCCCCUCCCGUCCCUGCAGAGAGACCUGCAUACAGGGAGAAGUUCAUUCCUCCAGAGCUCAGCAUGUGGGACUACUUUGUGGCCAAAGUAAGGCAUGAUGCAGCUCCUGCUCCGCACAACAUCACUGUAUACAUACGCUCACUGACAAACCAUUUGUUUGGUACAUUACAGCAUUUUAAAAACAUCCAAAGGAGACAAAAAAACAAAUAAGGACUCUAGCGAGAUAUAGAUAUAUAUUAUCAGUAGUAUAUAAAAUAGAUCUCAAUAAUAUUCUAAAUAGAAUAUGAGAAUAUAUCUUUCUAUCAUAUCUCUCUAUAUUCCAUACUCUCUUCCAUCUAUAUCUUGACCCCAUUAUCUCUAUAUAUAUGCCUAUUUCUUCCCCCCUCCUCUAUUCCACCUCUCUCUCUUCUCUCCUCCUCCUCUUCUCCCCAGCCUUUCCUGCCCCCCCCCUUACCUUAUCUAUAUAGGACAGUGGAGCUCUGUAUAGCUCUGUAUGACUCGGAUCGGAUGAGAGCGGGGAGCGGGGAGGAGCGAUGACGACGACGAUGAUGAUGAUGCCUUCCUCUCUGACACACAGAUGACUGAACACUCUGACCCCAACUCAUACAGGUGUGUCAUCGUUGUGCCUUUUCCUGUUUGACAUCUAAGUUGAGUUCAGCUGUGGACAGCCCUUUGUGUUGGGCCAUGGAGCACUGAUUGUUCAGAGUAUUUUCUACUAAGAUUAACCCCCCAUAGACAUGUUACAUGUAAUGUUCAUGGUAGGAUCUCUCUAUAUAUAUCAAGAUAUAUCUAUAUAUUAUCUCUCUUAUAUCAUCGUAUCUCGUAUCGUCUGUCUCUUUCUCUGUCUGCUCUCUCUAUCUGUAUCUCAGUCUCUCUCUAAUGUCAUAUUCUAGCUAUCUAUAUAUAGGUAUAGUCUGUAUCGUAGGUUAUCUGUCUACUAUGUUAUGGUCUCUCUAUAUCUCUUCUUCUUCUAUAUCUCUCUUGGUAUCUAUUGGUCUAUCUAGGUCUCUUCUAUCUCUCUCUCCUCUCUACUCAUCUCUCUCUCUCUCUCUCUAUAUAUCUCUCGUCUCUCUGUCGCGCUCUCUCUCUCUUCUCUCUCUGGCAUAUAUUAUCUCAUGUCUGUUGUCUCUGUCUGGCUCGGUUUCUUCUGUUCUGUCUCUGGCUGCUACUGAUCGAUGGAUGCUCAUGUAUCUCUGUCUCUGUAUAUGUCUCGUCUAUGUUCUAUCGGAUCUGGAUCUGUCUCGGUCCCUAGAGCUCUCUCUAGAGUAGAGAGCGAGAGAGAGAGAGAGAGAGAGGGGAGAUGAGAAAGACGAGAGAGAGCAGAUGAGGAGAGCAACGGAGAGAAGAGAGAGAGAGAGCUAGAAGAGCGGAGAGAGAGCGAUAGAGAGCAUAGCGAGGAGAGGAGGAGAUAUAGAGAGAGAGAGACAGAUAUAUGGAUGAGAAGCGAGAUCGAGAGAGCGAGAGAUAUCUGUCUAUGAUGUUUACAGAUAUAUGGAAGAAAUCUCUCUAUCUCUAUCGAGUGGAAGAGAGACUAGAGAGAGAGAAGAGAAGAUGAAAGAGACGAAAAGAGAGGGAGAGAGAGAAGGCAGCGAGAAGCGAGCGAGAGAGAAGAGAGAGAGAGAGAGAGAGGAGCGAGAGAGAGAGAGAGAGAGAGCUGUAUCUCUCCUCUCUUCAUCUCUCUAUGUCUUCUCUCUCUCUCUCUCUCUCUUCUCUUCCUCUCUGUGUCUCUCUCUCUCUUCGCUGUUCCCUCUCUCUCUCUCUCUCUCUCUCUCCCUCUCUCUGUCUCUCUCUGUGUGUAGUUGGUCUCUGAUCCGUCUGGUCAUGGUGAAACUGGCUCUACAUAACGUCAAGACCUUCCUCCCUCUCACUGGACUGGACUUCAUAGGUACACCCACCCACACACGCUAGGGUUGAAUGGCGGGAACCCGGUUACCGGGAUUUACCGCCCAAAACCACUCCCUUUACCCGGGAUAAAUAACUGCAAGAAACCAGUAAAUUAUAAUAAAUUAUUUAUAUGAACAGCAUGGCGUGAAAUGGAACUGUUAAAUUAUAUAAGAUGUCUAAAUCUGGCUUCUCUACGGCCUCUGCAUGAUGAAUCAUCAACGCUCAGGGUGGGGACAGACAGCCCAUCUCAAUAUGGAGCGCAUUUCACAAUGCAUGUAGACCUAUCAUCUCAUCAUGUUAACUUUUUUUUGUGACAGGUAGGCCUGCAUUUGCUGCAGCAUGGUCUCUGCUACAGUAAUAUAAAACCGAAUGUGCGUCUACUUUACCCAUCUCCAUCUGGCUUUCGGGGGUCACCUUAUGUUGUUAUUGUAAAGAUGUAUUUUUUUAAUUGCAGCUGCAGUUUUAAAACAGCCUAUCACUCAAAUAUCGUUGCUUUAAAUCAGUGCACCAGUGCACGCAAACUCUUGAUGGCUGAAUGUUAAAUACAGCAGCCAAUAGAUCUCAUGGGUAGUUUGAAAGAAGAGCGAACGUGCGAUGGCGUUAGGCUAUAGCAGUUAUUUAUUCAGACACAUAACCAUUCAAUCUUCGUGAAGAGAAGUGAAAUCCUUCAGCAUCUCUUCUAGUCCAGUAUUAUUCAAGGAUGUCAUUAGAAUGAUGAUAAGGACAACGAAACUUAUUUCAUUUAACUGUUGAAAGCGAGGAAGGAAUGAAGCAACAAUAGAGAGAGAAAGAGGAGGUAAUGCUAAUAACAUUAGGGGAAAUAUUAUGAAAGGUAUAUAUGCAUCAGCCUACUAAUUAUACAAAUAGGCCCUAAAUUCGCUAGCCUGUACUUGUAACUUUGUAGGCUGCAUGUGCUGCACCAGAAUCACAUGUUCUAUUCUGCUUUAUCAUGGUUUGAACGAUGUGCGUAACUCCAGUCCAUAUAAUACAGUACAGUAAUACACUUCACACUCAAAAAGAUUAGCCUACUGGAUAUAGUUUCAUUUAUUUACCCAAGAGAGCAUAUAGCUAGCUGCAUCUAUGGGCUUUUAUGUUUUUCUGUCGUGUGUAAUGUGCAGUAGCCUAUAUCAUAUUGGAUAAGGGCACAAUCAUUUUAGCUUUUUUGGGCUUGGGCUCAUUAAAUGUCUUUAAUGUAAGGCUCAUCAAAUAUAUUUAAUGUAUGGCUCAUCAGGGUCAGGUGGCAUCCGGCUUGAAUUUUCAAUCAAAGCUCAAAUCAAAUCCAGACAUAGGCCUAUUUAUAUACUUUAUAAUGCUUUUGAAUGACAUUCCGGUUUUGGGGGGAAUUCCGGGUUACCCGGGAUAUAAGUGAUUUAUUUGUAAAAUACCGGGAAAAUAUUCAACCCUAACAAACACACACACACACACACACACACACACACACUCGAGCGGCACAACCAAAACACUGUUUGUCUUCCUCCUAUCCUCCUCUCCUCCCUCCAUCAGACCUGCCGGUGACGUCUCCUCUGGGUAAUGCUGUGCUGAAGACACUAGAGAACUGGGAGACCAUGCUCCAGGAGAGGAUGAAUAAGUUUGAUGGUCCUCCUCCCAACUACAUUAACACCUACCCCACUGACCUCAGCACAGGAGGGGGACCCGCCAUACUGAGACAGAAGGCCAUGCUGGAGCCUGACAACACACCUUUCAAGUGAGUAUUAUUACAUACACACAGAUGCAUAGUACACAGACAGACACAUACCUUCAGAAAGUAUUCAGACCCCUUGACUUUUUCCACAUUUUGUUACGUUACAGCCUUAUUCUAAAAUUGAUUAAAACGUUUUUUCCCUCAUCAAUCUACACACAAUACUUCAUAAUGACAUAGCAAAAACAGGUUUUCAGAAAUGUUUGCAAAUGUAUAAAAACAACAAUAACUGAAAUAUGACAUUUACAUAAGUAUUCAGACCCUUUACUCAGUAAUUUGUUGAAGCACCUUUGGCAGCGAUUACAGCUAUGACUCUUCUUGGGUAUGACGCUACAAGCUUGGCACACCUGUUUUUUGGGAGUUUCUUCCAUUCUUCUCUGCAGAUCCUCUCAAGCUCUGUUAGGUUGGAUGGGGAGCGUCGCUGCACAGCUAUUUUCAGGUCUCUAGAGAUGUUUGAUCGGGUUCAAGUCUAGGCUCUGGUUGGGCCACUCAAGGACGUUCAGAAAGUUGUCCCGAAGCCACUCUUGCAUUAUCUUGGUUGUGUGCUUAGGGUCGUUGUCCUGUUGGAAGGUGAACCUUCACCCCAGUCUGAGGUCCUGAGCGCUCUGGAGCAGAUCUCUCUGUACUUUGCUCCAUUCAUCUUUCCCUCGAUCCUGACUAGUCUCUCAGUCCCUGCCUGCUGAUAAACAUCCCCACAGCAUGAUGCUGCCACCACCAUGCUUCACCGUAGGGAUGGUGCCAGGUUUCCUCCAGACGUGACGCUUGACAUUCAGGCCAAAGAAUUCAAUCUUGGUUUCAUCAGACCAGAAAAUCUUGUUUCUCAUGAUCUGAGAGUCUUUAGGUGCCUUUUGGUAAAUUCCAAGCGCGCUGUCAUGUGCCUUUUACUGAGGAGUGGCUUCUGUCUGGCCACUCUACCAUAAAGGCCUGAUUGGUGGAGUGUUGAAGAGAUGGUUGUCCUUCUGGAAGGUUCUCCCAUCUCCACAGAAGAACUCUGGAGCUCUGUCAGAGUGACCAUCGGGUUCUUGGUCACCUCCCUGACCAAGGCCCUUCACCCCCGAUUGCUCAGUUUGGCCGGGCGGCCAGCUCUAGUAUGAGUCUUGGUGGUUCCAAACUUAAUCCAUUUAAGAAGGAUGGAGGCCACUGUGUUCUUGGGGACCUUCAAUGCUGCAGACAUGUUUUGGUACCCUUCCCCAGAUAUGUGCCUUGACACAAUCCUGUCUCGGAGCACUACGGACAAUUCCUUCGGCCUCAUGGUUUGGUUUUUUCUCUGACAUGAACUGUCAACUGUGGGACAUUAUAUAGACUGGUGUGUGUCUUUCCAAAUCAUGUUCAAUCAAUUGAAUUUACCACAGGUGGACUCCAAUGAAGUUGUAGAAACAUCUCAAGGAUGAUCAAUGGAAACAGGAUGCACCUGAGCUCAAUUUCGAGUCUCAUAGCAAAGGGUUUGAAUACUUAUGUAAAUAAGGUAUUUCUGUUUUUUGUCAUUAUGUGGUAUUGUGUGUAUAUUGAUGAGGAUUUGUGGAAAAAGUCAAGGGGUCUGAAUACUUUACGAAUGCACUGUGUAUAUAUACACUGCUCAAAAAAAUAAAGGGAACACUUAAACAACACAAUGUAACUCCAAGUCAAUCACACUUCUGUGAAAUCAAACUGUCCACUUAGGAAGCAACACUGAUUGACAAUACAUUUCACAUGCUGUUGUGCAAAUGGAAUAGACAACAGGUGGAAAUUAUAGGCAAUUAGCAAGACACCCCCAAUAAAUGACUGGUUUUGCAGGUGGUGACCACAGACCACUUCUCAGUUCCUAUGCUUCCUGGCUGAUGUUUUGGUCACUUUUGAAUGCUGGCGGUGCUUUCACUCUAGUGGUAGCAUGAGACGGAGUCUACAACCGACACAAGUGGCUCAGCUAGUGCAGCUCAUCCAGGAUGGCACAUCAAUGUGAGCUGUGGCAAGAAGGUUUGCUGUGUCUGUCAGCGUAGUGUCCAGAGCAUGGAGGCGCUACCAGGAGACAGGCCAGUACAUCAGGAGACGUGGAGGAGGCCGUAGGAGGGCAACAACCCAGCAGCAGGACCGCUACCUCCGCCUUUGUGCAAGGAGGAGCAGGAGGAGCACUGCCAGAGCCCUGCAAAAUGACCUCCAGCAGGCCACAAAUGUGCAUGUGUCUGCUCAAACGGUCAGAAACAGACUCCAUGAGGGUGGUAUGAGGGCCCGACGUCCACAGGAGGGGGUUGAGCUUACAGCCCAACACCGUGCAGGACGUUUAGCAUUUGCCAGAGAACACCAAGAUUGGCAAAUUCACCACUGGCGCCCUGUGCUCUUCACAGAUGUAAGCAGGUUCACACUGAGCACAUGUGACAGAGUCUGGAGACGCCGUGGAGAACGUUCUGCUGCCUGCAACAUCCUCCAGCAUGACCGGUUUGGCGGUGGGUCAGUCAUGGUGUGGGGUGGCAUUUCUUUGGGGGGCCGCACAGCCCUCCAUGUGCUUGCCAGAGGUAGCCUGACUGCCAUUAGGUACCGAGAUGAGAUCCUCAGACCCCUUGUGAGACCAUAUGCUGGUGCGGUUGGCCCUGGGUUCCUCCUAAUGCAAGACAAUGCUAGACCUCAUGUGGCUGGAGUGUGUCAGCAGUUCCUGCAAGAGGAAGGCAUUGAUGCUAUGGACUGGCCCGCCCGUUCCCCAGACCUGAAUCCAAUUGAGCACAUCUGGGACAUCAUGUCUCACUCCAUCCACCAACGCCACGUUGCACCACAGACUGUCCAGGAGUUGGCGGAUGCUUUAGUCCAGGUCUGGGAGGAGAUCCCUCAGGAGACCAUCCGCCACCACAUCAGGAGCAUGCCCAGGCGUUGUACGGAGGUCAUACAGGCACGUGGAGGCCACACACACUACUGAGCCUAAUUUUGACUUGUUUUAAGGACAUUACAUCAAAGUUGGAUCAGCCUGUAGUGUGGUUUUCCACUUUCAUUUUGAGUGUGACUCCAAAUCCAGACCUCCAUGGGUUGAUAAAUUUGAUUUCCAUUGAUAAUUUUUGUGUGAUUUUGUUGUCAGCACAUUCAACUAUGUAAAGAAAAAAGUAUUUAAUAAGAUGAUUUCAUUCAUUCAGAUCUAGGAUAUGUUAUUUUAGUGUUCCCUUUAUUUUUUUGAGUAGUAUGUGUGUAUAUAUAUAUAUAUAUAUAUAUAUAUAUAUGUAUGUAUGUAUGUGUGUGUGUGUGUGUGUGUGUGUGUGUAUAUGUGUGUGUAGCUCAGUUGGUAGAGCUUGGCGUUUGCAACGCCAGGGUUGUGGGUUCGAUUCCCACGGGGGGCCAGUAUGAAAAAAGUAUUAAUGUAUGCACUCACUAACUGUAAGUCGCUCUGGAUAAGAGCGUCUGCUAAAUGACUAAAAUAUAAAUGUGUGUAUAUAUAUAUAUAUGUGUGUGUAUGCAUUAACACACAUGCAAACCCUCGCACACACACACACACACACACUCAUGUUCUCACAUGUUUCUGUGUGUGUCUCUUGUCUUCCAGGAAUAAGAACCACAUGUCGUUCCCUGCGAGGCGUCUCUGGCACUACCUGGUGAAACAGGAAGUUCUUCAGGAGACUCUGAUUCGCUACAUCUUCACUAAGAAGAGGAAGCAGAGCGAGGUAAUGAGCUAAACUGGACCCCUGGUACAAUCUGUCUGUCUGUCUGGCCCUCCACUUCCCCUACACCUACACCAUGUCUAUUCUGAUACAUCAGGUAUCCUUUAUUUUUGCACUACCGCUAUUUACCUGAUUAUUGCUUACACAUUAAAGUCUAAUGGUAAUUCUAUAUUUCAAACCUAGAUGUUACUUGUUGUCUUCUUUAGGAUUGAUUGGAAACGUUCUCCUCCACUCCAUAAGAUGGAUUCAGAAACGUCUCAUUUUUAGCACCUAACUUGUUAAUGAUGAAUUAAGUGGAUUCAGAAAGGUGUCAGUUUAGCACUUAACUUCUUAAUGAAUACAUACCGGGUAACUACUGAGAAACAAGUGUAAGAUGAAGUGUUACCUCCUACAGUACAUCCUCUCCUACAACAUGCAACAUGUCAGACAGAUCAUCUAUCUAUCUGGACGUUUCCUUAGAAUCAUCUUCACAACACCACAAUAGUUCUUCAAACCCCAAAUUCUAUUGAUGUAUAUUUGAUAUAUUCUAUAUUUUGAGUAAGGUCCAUAAUUAUUUAGGAUUUUAAACAAUUCUUUGGUACAUUAUGGCUCGAUUAAUUUAACUUCUGAAGAGUAGUGUAUAACACACACACACACACACACACACACACACACACACACUUCUGUUGUUAUUAUUAUUGUUUGGAUGCCCUUGUAUUAUGUAAUCAAGAACAGAGAAUUCUGUGAUGUCUGCACACUAUCACUACUACUGUCACCACCACUAUUAUUAAUAUUAUUAUUAAAAUGUUCAUUAUCAUGUCUGCAGACAUCCACUAACUAAGACAGUGAACACAGACAUCUUAUGUAGCGCAUCUCCUUUCUAAACUAAAUUAUAACCACAUACAUAGAUCCUGCUUUGUCGAGAUUUGAGUAUAGAGUUAAAGAUGUUAUUUCAAACAAAAGAGGAACCUUAUGCCUGACUUCCAGUAACAAGCCUCUUUAAUGUCAAAGGUGUGUUUAUUUUAACUUUGGCAUUGAGACCAUGCCCCACCCUCCACCCACUGUCAUUGCAUAGAGAGAGACCUCUCCUAUCUCCCCAGCACUCCACUCCACUCUGUUACCAUGUGAUAGGACAUUGUUUGUGUGGGGAGAAGCCUUUGCCUCAUUGACGUAUUGACACACUGACUGUGUGUGUAUCUACCAUCCAGCCAACCAUUACAUUUUGGUUUUCUUCAUUUCAUGUUUUGUUUGUUUUGUGCAUGUGUGUUGUGGUGUGUGUAUUUGUAUUUGUAUUUGUGUUUGUGUGUGUGUGUUGUGCUGUGUAGUAUGUUGAAGGCCAUAUGGAUCCCCUCAUCCCAAACUGUGUAUCUGGAGCUCUCAGGUCCAACAAGGUAGUAUCAAGGUGUUUGUCUGUACAGUAUGAACUGGUACCUGCUCAGGGCUGUGAAAGUCUCCCGUCUAAUCACCGCUGGACACCUUCACCUCACCAUUACUACUCACUAACCCAACCCUACUAGGGUUUCCCAAAAUGGCCAGCUUUUCCAGAAAUAACGUUUGUAAGAUUCCUGGAAUCCGGAAGGAAUAAGAAUCUGCAGUCCUUCAACCAGGAUUUCUGAAAAACUUUGGAAUUUUGGGAAAGUUUACCUACUACCUAACCUCACAUUCACUAACCCACUAAUCUCAUCACCGCACUCCACCGACAAUGUCCGUCUCUACCCCCACUAACACACUGUCUGUCUUUACCCCCACUAACAGACUGUCUGUCUCUACCCCUACUAACAGACUGUCUGUCUCUACCCCCACUAACACACUGUCUGUCUCUACCCCCACUAACACACUGUCUGUCUCUACCCCCACUAACACACUGUCUGUCUCUACCCCCACUAACACACUGUCCGUCUCUACCCCCACUAACAGACUGUCGGUCUCUACCCCCACUAACAGACUGUCCGUCUCUACCCCCACUAACAGACUGUCCGUCUCUACCCCCACUAACAGACUGUCCGUCUCUACCCCCACUAACAGACUGUCCGUCUCUACCCCCACUAACACACUGUCUGUCUCUACCCCCACUAACACACUGUCUGUCUCUACCCCCACUAACACACUGUCUGUCUCUACCCCCACUAACACACUGUCUGUCUCUAUCUGUCUCGUCAGUCCUUCUAUAGCUGGACUUUCAUUCUUCCUCUUCAUCUCUUCCUAAAUACUCUCCUCCCUCCCUCUGUAAUAAUGACCUAUUCCAGCCCCUCUCCCAGCUCUGACAGAGAGGUGUCACAUGGACCUAACCUGCAUGUUCUCACUGAGCGCUCACUGUGCCACUGCUGUGCAUGGCUGUGUGUCAGUGUAGGUGUGUUGUGAACGCUAGUGUGUGUUGUGGCUGUGUGUGUGUAUGUAAAAAGGUGUAGUAAGCGAUUGUGUAUGCUAAGAUAUUGUGUGGCUGUGUACAGUAUAUCUGUACCAGGUGUACUAAAUGAUGCUGGGUGCUGUGAUAAUGUGUUCCAGGUGGAGGGAGACUUAGGCUACCCAGGAAGGAAUGCUAAGAUCAUCCACAAGGAGUCUGACAUCAUCAUGGCCUUCGCCAUCAACAGGGUGAGAGACGUCUGCAGUGCACACAAACACACACACACAGGCGCGCACAUGUACACACACACACUCAAAGCUUUCCCAUUUGAUGUAGUUUCCCAUUUUCAGGUGCCAUGUUUGGCAGGUUUUUGAGUUGGACACCAUAGAGAUAAAUGAGUAGAGUGUAUUCCAUUAGUCUGGCCAAUAAGGCCUCCAGUUAACAGAGUCUAAGCUCUGUCUCCAUAUAUACUUCCAUACAUUUUUUCAACUGGUACCGGGGGACCUUCAGAUGAGUCAAAACAACCGACAUAUACGUGUUGGUGAGAGUCUCACCUUUACACAGAGGGGUCAUAUAAGUGUGUAGACCAAACUGUUCGGACGCUACAGACAGAAGUUGGCAGAUUGGCUGUACCGACUUCAGACGAGUCCCAAGACACUUGUGGGGGUCGUAGACCAAAACGGAGAACACCAUCGUGUUCAUGAGAGUCUCAUCCAUAGAGGGUUUUUAGGCCAAACCGUUCCGACGCUACAGACGAUUUUGUGAGAAGACCGAUUUUCGGGUCUGAUGGUCUGACAAACACCGCUCUAGCUCUGCCACCUUUCACCCCAAAUGCGGAAGUGUUACAUAGGCGGAUGCGGUGGAUUGAGACAGGUAUCUCUAGCUUAAAAUGACAGAUUUUUAUGGUUUUUUAUUUAUUAUGCUAAUUAGAUUUCCACGGGGGCGUGGACAUUGACCUAAGGGGGGUUAACACACAGUACACCACAUCUAAAUGUUUCUUUACAUUGGAAUGUCCGUUCUACUCCUUCAGAUUGUGGGAUAUAUUUACUGGCCUCUCUUCUCUCCCUCCCUCCCUCCCCUCUCCUCCCUCCCUCCCUCCCUCCCCUCUCCUCCCUCCCUCCCUCCCUCCCCUCUCCUCCUCCCUCCCUCCCCUCUCCUCCCUCCUCUCUCCUCCCCCUCCAGGCUAACACCAAUGAGAUAGUGCUGGCGUCCACUCAUGACGUGCAGGAGGUAGAUGUGUCCACUCUGUUAGCUGCUCAGCCCUACAGCUGGAUAGGAGAGGACUUUGACAAGGAGUCACGCAGGUCAGUACACUGUUACACACACACACGCACACACACACACGCACACUCUUAUGGUUGUUUUAUGGUUGUGUUGUGCUUCUUUCUCUCCCCUCAGUUCUGAUGACGUGGAAUACCGUUCUUCCCACACUAACAUCGCCCAGGCCUCCUCUACCCCGUCCCACUUCCUCCCCAAAGACAUGGCAGCCUCCGCAUCCAUGCCCUGGCUGGGGAGUGGGCAGACCAGCAUGGGAGCUAGUGUGGUACAACACACACACAUACAUACACACAUGCACACAUACACACACAUGAGUGCUUACACACACAAACAUCCUGCACACACACACAAAACAUCCUCCACUCUCUCACACACACACACACACACUAACACCCACAUCCUCCACAACAGAGGUAAUACAGCAUUACAUCACAUGGGCUGGCAGGUAGCCUAGUGGUUAGAGCUUUUGGCCAGUAACCGAAAGGUCGCUGGUUCGAAUCGCCAAGCCGGCAAGGUGGACAAAUCUACCGUUCUGCCCUUGAGCAAGGCAGUUAACCCCCAACAACAACUGUUCCCCGGGCGCCAAUGACGUGGACGUCGAUUAAGGCAUUCCCCCCGCACCUCUCUGAUUCAGAGGGGUUGGGUUAAAUGUGCAAGACACAUUUUGGUUGAAUGCAUUCAGUUGUGCAACUGACUAGGUAUCACCCUUUCACCCUUUCCAUUUACUUGGAACUUGUCAGUGCGGUGUAGUCCAGUGAGAGAUGUAGUAGUGUGUACUGACCAGUAGAGGGACACCGUACUCAGGAGUGAAGCCUCCGUCCCAGCCUGUCUGGCUCACAGCUCACCACUCUAAGCUCAAGGUCCUGUCUGUUUAUUAUGAAAUCCCUAUAGUCUCUCCCCACAUUGUUCUGGGGAGCACAUCAGAGUACUGUAAGACAGUACGGUUUAAAGCAAGCAGACCAACGUUCUUCUUUAAUGUUAGACGUCGUUGUCUCACCCUAUUCCUCGCUCUCGCUCUCUGUCUCUGAACUGAGGCCCCCUAGCUGGACUUAGUCAGUCCAGUGAAUAUAUGACACUGGUUAUCUAUCUCAGGCCAAACAGACAGAGAGAUGAGGACUAAACAGGCUGGUAGAUGAGUCUAUGUUACCAGAGAUAGGCAGUGUGUGUGUUUGUAUGAGAGUAUCAACAUACAGAUACACAGCGCUCACACCGUCCCCUCGGCUGCCCAAGGUACAGACCUGCGUCACCACAUCACCCAGUUCUCAAAUAUGUCCCUGUUCAAGUGAUAAUUCUUCAUGCUACAGUCAAUAUGGAGUACUGUUGCCUUGUACCAGAAGUAUAAAUAUGUCCUAUUCUAGGUGGUAAGUCUUGGUAAGGCCAAACUGUAUGGAAAGACAUACUGUCGUUCAGUGUCGUUGGCUUAUACGAUAAGUGUAAAAUAGGUCCCACUUCAGAUGAUGAAUCCCCUUUUAGAGUGAAAGGUUGUAGAGUAGUUUUAGUGAACUAAAAGAAAGACCUACACACUGCUCUGGCCAGUAUCACUUCAGUUUAUGAAGCUGACGUAUCGGCCUGUUGGCCUUCAUCAGAGCUGUUUAGUUUUAGUUUAAAAGAAAUGUCCUAGUUGAGUACUGAAGUCCGUAGCGUUGGCCAUCACUGUGGAUUGAGUGAACGUUUUAAAGACCGAGGUUUCAAAUGACAUUUUGGGCAGGGGUUCUUUCAUGGUGUAUUAUGCUAUUUUAAAUGUUGUUGUUUUUCAGAUUAUGAAGAGGAACCUGAACAAUGUCAAGAGAAUGACCUCCCACCCCAUAUUCCAGUACUGUAAGUAUCAUAUAAUGUAUGUAGUACCAUAUACCAAUACUGUAUUAUAUACAGUAUACCACUACUAUAUUAUAUACAGUAUACCACUACUAUAUUAUAUACAGUAUACCACUGCUAUAUUAUAUAUAGUAUACCACUACUAUAUUAUAUACAGUAUACCACUACUAUAUUAUAAUAAUAAUAAUAAUAAUAAUAAUAAUAAUAUGCCAUUUAGCAGACGCUUUUAUCCAAAGCGACUUACAGUCAUGCGUGCAUACAUUUUUGUGUAUGGGUGGUCCCGGGGAUCGAACCCACUACCUUGGCGUUACAAGCGCCGUGCUCUACCAGCUGAGCUACAGAGGACCAUAUUAUGUACAGUAUACCACUACUAUAUUAUAUACAGUAUACCACUACUAUAUUAUAUAUAGUACCAUAUAUCACUACUAUAUUACAUACAGUAUACCACUACUAUAUUAUAUACAGUACCAUAUACCACUACUAUAUUAUAUACAGUACCAUAUACCACUGCUAUAUUAUAUACAGUACCAUAUACCACUGCUAUAUUAUAUACAGUACCAUAUACCACUGCUAUAUUAUAUACAGUACCAUAUACUACUGCUAUAUUAUAUACAGUACCAUAUACCACACUAUAUUAUAUACAGUAUGUGUACUAUACAGUAUACUGAUGGCCUGUACACAACUCUGUCUGAAUGGCUGGUUAUUCCUUCAAAUAGGAGAAUUUAAAACAUUUACAAAUGUUUCUGUGUGUGUGUUAGAUAUGACUGGGGCUCAGGACGGCAGUGUCCGUAUGUUUGAGUGGAACAGGCCGCAGCAACUCAUCUGCUUCAGACAGGCAGGCAACGCCAGAGUCACACGCCUCUACUUCAACUCACAGGGAAACAAGGUCCACACAGACACUCUCUCUCUCACACACUCUCUCUCUCACACAUCUCUUUUUCUCACACACUCUCUCUCUCACACACUCUCUCUCUCUUCACAUCUCUCUCACACUCUCUCUCUUCUCUCUCUCUCUCUCUCUCUCUCUCUCUCUCUCUCUCUCUCUCUCUCUCUCUCUCUCUCUCUCUCUCUGUCUCUCUCUCUCUCUCUGCCUGUAUCUCUCUCUCUCUCUCUCUCUCUCUCUCUCUCUCUCUCUCUCUCUCUCUCUCUCUCCCUCUCUCUGCCUGUAUCUCUCUCUCUCUCUGCCUGUAUCUCUCUCUCUGUCUCUCUCUGUUCAAAAGGGCUUUAUUGGCAUGGGAAACAUAUGUUUAAAUUGCCAAAGCAAGUGAAAUAAACAAGGGAAAUAAGCAAUCAAAAAUUAUCAGUAAACAUUACACUCACAAAUAUUUAAAAAGAAUAGAGACAUUUCAAAUGUUAUAUUAUUGUCUGUGUACAGUGUUGUAACAAUGUGCAAAUAGUUGAGGUAUGAAAGGGAAAACAAAUAAACAUACAUAUCAGUUGUAUUUAGAAUGGUGUUUGUUCUUCACUGGUUGCCCUUUUCUUAUGGCAACAGGUCACAAAACUUGCUGCUGUGAUUGCACACUGUGGUAUUUCACCAAAAUUAUAUGGGAAUUUAUCAAGAUUGGAUUUGGUUUCAAAUUCUUUGUGGAUCUGUGUAAUCUGAGGGAAAUAUGUGUCUCUAAUAUGGUCAUACAGUUGGCAGGAGGUUAGGAAGUGCAGCUCGGUUUCCACCUCAUUUUGUGGGCAGUGGGCACAUAGCCUGUCUUCUCUUGAGAGCCAGGUCUGCCAAUGGCGGCCUCUCUCCAUAGCAAGGCUAUUCUCUGUCUCUCUGUCUCUCUGUCUCUCUGUCUGUCUGUCUGUCUGUCUCUGUCUCUGUCUCUGUCUCUGUCUCUGUCUCUGUCUCUGUCUCUGUCUCUGUAUCUGUCUCUGUCUCUGUCUCUGUCUCUCUAUCUAUCUGUCGCUCUGUCUCUCUCUCUCUCUGUCUCUCUCUUUCUCCCUCUCUCUCUGUCUCUCUCUUUCUCCCUCUCUCUCUGUCUCUCUCUCUCUCUGUCUCUCUCUUUGUCUGUCUCUGUCUCAUUCAAAUUCAGAUUGCUUAUUGGCAUGAAAUACAAUUUGUAGAUAUUGACAAAGCAGUAUAGUUAUACAGCAUUUCAGUAAAUACAGUACAAUGCAAUGAGGUAAAUGAAAUAUAGUUAAUUUCAUUAGGAGUAAUAAUAAUAGUACUUAUAAUCAUGUAUACAGGUACAACACUACUGCUGUUUUGUAAUCUUCAGUCAAUAAAUGUAAUGAAAUAAAAAUAUGAUUAUAAAAAGAAAAAGAAAGAAUGUGUAAUAAAUAAACAACAAAACUUACAUUGAUGACGGUUCCACUAUGUAUUACUGUCAGUUAUAUACAAUGUAAAUACUUCAGGGAAUUAAUGGUCAUGGGAUGUCACUCAGGCUAUGGCAGUCGUAUACAUAUAUAUGUCUCUCUCUCUCUCUCUCUCUCUCUCUCUCUCUGUCUCUCUCUCUCUCUCUCUCUCUCUCUCUGCCUGUCUCUCUCUCUGUCUCUGUCUGUCUGUCUCUCCAGUGUGGUGUAGCUGAUGGAGAGGGCUUCCUCAGUCUGUGGCAGGUCAACCAGACCUCCUCCAACCCCAAGCCCUACGUGGUACGUAACACACUGGUGCUUGAAGGAUUAGGUUUGAGGAUUUUACACCGGGUGGGUGAGUGAGAGUGGGCGUGUGUGCGUGAGUGAGUGAGCGAUUGGGAGUGAUUGAUUACCUCUCUGUCUGCUUGGCUGAGGCUAACACAACCUUCUAUCUCCCUUCCUCUCUCUCUCUCUCUCUCUCUCUCUCUCUCUCUCUCUCUCUCUCUCUCUCUCUCUCUCUCUCUCUCUCUCUCUCUCUCUCUGUGUGUCUCUGUGUCUCUGUGUCUCUGUCGCUCUCUCUCUCUCUCUCUCUCUCUCUCUCUAUCUGUCUCUCUCUCUCUCUCUUUGUCUCUCUGUAGAGUUGGCAGUGCCACUCUAAGACCUGUGGUGAUUUUGCCUUCAUCACUUCCUCCAGUCUCAUCGCUACGGCAGGACAGUCCAAUGACAGCAGGUUACUACACUGCGCGCGCACACACACACACACACACACACACACACACACACACACACACACACACACACACACGGCAGGACAGUCCAACGACAGCAGGUCAGUAUGAACAUUACAUAUCAAAGCUACACCAGUCUCAACACCAUCAUAACAGUAACACCAAUGACUAAUGUUAUUCUUUUUCUCUUUCCUCCUCCAGAAAUGUAUGCCUGUGGGACACUCUUAUUUCACCUAGUAACACCAUGGUGCAUGGUAAGAUGUAGUUGUAUUCAAGGUUUAAUUUCAGUCCACCAAUAAUGAACAUACAAAGUUACCACAGUAGAUAAAACCAGUCAAAUUAAAAAGUUAGAUGCCACAAUUGUGUCUCCAUUGCGUGAAAGAUUAGGUGGUCAGGUCCAAUCUUUACUUGACCAAACAAAGUAGAGGAGAGUGGGGUAAGUUGAGACAUGUUUUACAUUCAGCAUCACUCCGUCAAGGGAAAUAUAGUGUUCUUUUUAACAAAGAUAUUGAAACAAUAAGCCAUUGGAACUCUGGGAUUAUCGCGUGAUAACUCCCGACUAAGGGCUGUUCUUAGACCAGAGGCGAAGCAUGUAGCUAGCAGAGGUUCAAUGAUGACAAGAGACAAGAACUUCAGCAAAUAAUGAUUUGAUAAAUAAUGUAUAAAUAGACAAAAAACAGUUGCUUGUCCAGUUAAUCAUAUAGUUAUGGAGGAUAGCUAGGCUAACGACGUUACUUCUCCUUUACUAGCUAGCUACCUAAAGCUAACACACAAUCACAUCAAGCAGCUGAAAUGACAGCAAACUGUGAAUUCUCCUUUGUUUUACCUUGGUGUCUACACUGAGUGUACAAAACAUUAGGAUCACCUGCUCUUUCCAUGACAUGGACUGACCAGGUGAAUCCAGGUGAAAGCUAUGAUCCCAUAUUGAUGUCACUUGUUAAAUCCACUUCAAUCAGUGUAGAUGAAGGGGAGGAGACAGGUUAAAGAAUUAUUUUAAAGCCUUGAGACUAUUUAGACAUGGAUUGUGUAUGUGUUACAGAUUUGAAAAAAAGUGUUCUCUUGGCACAAUUUACCCUGGGUUAUGCAGUAAGUCUAGCAUAGGGACAGGGUAAGUUGAGCUGCCUACACAUUUCUGUACUGAAUGAAAUAUUACCACUACCUUUGUAAACCAUGUCUAUCUUUAUUUCCUGAACACAAUUCAUCACAAUUCAUCACUUGUUUGUCUUUUAAUCAUUAUAAGCAUAUUUUAACAUGGGCUUAACACCUAACACUUUGUACUUGUUUUAACACUUUUAACAUAGGUCAGGCCCUGGUGUUACCUCAUAUCCCAGCGAUACUACCAUGCGUUAUGCCUGGAAAUAAAACACUUCAAUUUGCUCAACUUGCCAUUGGCUCAACCAUUGACUUAAAAUGGUUUGACUUAAAUACCCCAAGACAAACAUUUUGACUAUAUUAGCCCACACAGCUACAAGGAUGCACUUUCAUGCUAGGUUUAGGACCUCAUAUUGAAGCUUAUAGAGAGCCCAACUGAUGUAUGGAACAAUCUUAAAAUGAUCUACUUUGGUUUAGAUACAAGCAUCAUGAAACCUCUAACACAAUAAAUGAAUUUGACUUCGGUCCAAAAAAACAGAUUUUCACUAACUUGCUUACCACUUUUUCCAUGUGGUUUCUUCUUUCACAGACUCCAUGAAAUGAUGUCCUCUUCCUAAAUGUUUGGUCAAAUUAUUAAUUUUGUGUAUGGUUUCCUAGAAACAAGGGGUGGCUCAACUUACCUUUUGGCUCAACUUACCCCACUCUCCCCUGUAUUAGUGUUGUCACUCAUAACUCAUAGUAGAAAUAUAAUCUGUGUGUCUCUCCAGCCUUCCCGUGCCAUGAGAACGGUGCGACGGUGUUGCAGUACGCUCCCAAGCAGCAGCUGUUGAUCUCGGGAGGCAGGAAGGGCUUUGUGUGUGUGUUUGACAUCCGACAGAGACAGCUCCUACACACCUUCCAGGCCCACGACUCAGCCGUCAAAGCCCUGGCACUCGACGCCUCCGAAGACUUCUUCGUAACCGGCUCAGCUGAGGGGAACAUGAAGGUGAUUUUCCUUUUUAAUGAGGAAAAUGGAAUUUGAAUCUUCCUGAAUUGAAAUGGAAUUGUUCCCAACCCUGCCAACCAUUAACCUGUGCUCUCUAACUGGUGCUUGUGGCUCUGUUUCAAUGCCCAAAUGUGUUCAAAUAUGUAUUUAAGUCACAUGAUUGACCUGUGAAAUACAUAAUAUAAUUCCAUAAAUGUAUUGAUCAUUGCCUUUCUCUUUACCUUUCUCUCCCUCCUUCCCUCCCCCUCUCCUUCUCCUCCAGGUGUGGAAGCUGGCAGGCCAAGGCCUCAUGCACUCGUUUAGCACAGAGCAUGCCAAGCAGUCCAUCUUCCGGAACAUCGGAGCGGGCGUCAUGCAGGUGGAGACCCGGCCCGGCAACCGCAUAUUCACCUGCGGCGCCGACGGAACGCUCAAGAUGAGGGUUCUACCCGACCGCUACAACAUCCCCGCUAGCAUCUUCGACAUUCUGUAG